AAAGGUCAUGCCUGUUUCUUAGUUUUAGGGCUGUGAAUAGAGCGAAGAAGGCACCACUAAACAAAAACUUUGCUUCUAAGAGAAUCAUGACAUUGUAAAUUUCAACUCCUUUUCUCCCCUUGCUAUCAGAUGACCUUAUCAUCAUAUUUGAAUGUUUUUUGGGCUUUAGAUUUGGAUCAGUGUCAAGAGAUAUCCUAUUUAUCUUCAAUGCUUAAUGUGAAUAUGGUAAUGAAUUUAUUUAGUUUAAGUUGGUCGGGAAUUUUGAUGUUAGAGGAACAUGCAAUGGCCACAAUUAAUUUUGAAAGAAGCACUUUUAAAGGAAGAACUGCUGAGAAGUUAAUGAACUCUGCAAGAACCGCAAAUGUAUAGAGUACACUGACAGGAUAAUAUAGCAAGAGGUGCUAAAACCCCUCUAUAUUUGCACAUGAUUGUUAAAACGCCUUGCAAUCAUGCAGAGUAACCAGAUUUACUUCAUGGCAAUCAACUGAUAUGAAAGUAACUUAAGCCAUCUAUCAAUCAAUAUUAACCAAUCAAUAGCUAUGUGAGUGACACCAUGUUCACUGAUUGGUCAAUUUUUGAUUGAAAGGUGGCUAAAGCCCUUUUGUAUCUAUUGAUUGCCUUUAAGCAGCAUAAUGUUUUGUUCGCUUGUAGCUGAUGUAACCCUUGCAACUUUUGCCCCCAAUGUUUUCAAAGAACCAAUUUAUCAUGAAGUGUUUUCAAAAUUAGACAGCGAAGUUGUUUGUAGGCUAAUAGCCUCUUGUCUGCAGAAACAGAUUUAGAUUCAGGUUUUUGAUGAGGAUUAUCACAUAGAUAAUCCUGGAUAAAAUUCCUAUUUCAAGGAUUACUCCUCUAGUAUCUUUUAUUUACAAUAAGAUUUAAAUGUAAACCGUUUCUCAUUUUCUUGAAACAUUAAACAGUAUUUUAUCUUUAAAUUCACAAGGUGUUAUAAUACAAAAUCCAAAGGUUUAUUCAAUAUAAUUUCAAUUUCAAACUUUCAAAUGAAAAGAAGCAAUUUUUAAAUGGCUAACUUGUACAAUAUAAAAUGAAAUUGGAAAGAAAGAAAGCCAUCUACUGGAGAUUCCAUUUUCUGACUUGUGAAUAUUUUCAGAUAAAUUUAAUCUUGAAUCUUUGGCAGUGUUAGGAACUGGGAUAGAAUCUAUUGAACCUUUUCAGUUCCAGUAAGAUGCUUGAAGAAUUAAAAAAAAUUGAUAUCAUGGUUGAAUUUCAAAUUCAAGUAAAGUCAUCUGCCAGUAUCAGUGUUACUUGCUCAUCAAUUUUAGACCAUCGAACAAUAUGUAACAUAAACAAUUUUGAAAGAAAAGCUUAUGUGCUUGUUCCUCUGUUUUCAUUUUACAUAAGCUUUUGAAACAGACAACCAUGAUAUUUUUCUAAAUUACCUAUAAUAUUGUGUACAGAGAAGUGGUACAUUGGUGUUUCAUGUUGUGUUAAUAGGUACUAAAGGACUAAUGAUGGUAUAAAUGGGAAUGAACUAUAACUGUGGUGUCCCUAAACAAAGUAUGCUUUGGCAGCUGUUCUUGUGUUGGAAUAGAGACCUAAAUGUUAUCAGAUUCUAGAUUUUUUUACUAAAAUUGCAGAAGAAACGGGCAUUCUAGAGAAAUAAUUGACAAUAAAUUAAGUUGGAAACUUCAGGAAAGGCAAGUUACGUUAAAAAUUUCAAGAUAUAGGAAUUCUUUAUAAAAUGACAAGCUAGUUGCAAAAACACAUGCCUUCAUUUAUUCAACCUUCUGUACCUAAAGUUUAUUAAUCUUUGCUCCGCUAAUAAAUCCACUCAAGGGUCAUUAAAACGUAAUUUAUUCAAAGCUUUUAGGAUUGCUGACUUUUCAAAUAACUGUAUUGUUGAAAGUAAUAAAAUGUACUUAAAAUAUUAAAGACUAUUUAACUUAAAAAAACUUUAUUUGCUUGAAAAAGUUAACCAGUAUUUGAAGUUCACCAUAUUUAUGACACUUUUUCUCAUUUUGCAAUCACAACUAUAUACACUGCUAUUUUUUACUGUUAAAUUUUCAAACUUGAAAUUUAUUUUAAAGAAAUUUAGAGAAUGGUAGAAGGUUAAACUUUUGAGGGCAGCAUAUGGAUCCUGAUAUGACAUACAGAGCUGCAGCAAGGGUUCGGAGGCCCUGGGGCAAAAUCGAAAGAUGAGUCCCCUGCGAGCGGAGCAAGGAGAAAAGUUUUUGCAACCAUGUCCUUCAGUCUAGCUUGAAAUGCAUUUAAGAAUAUUUAUUGUGGCAUUUCUUGCAAUCUUUUGUCCCCCUUUCUGUGGCAGGGGUGGCGCCCAGACUGGAAACUUUGCUUCUUGCGCGGGCAAGUUUAUUUUGAAAAUUUGAGACUGCGCACCUGAAAUCAUGCACCCUUAGUUAUUUUUAUUGUUAAUAAUGUUGAAUGCUAUUGUCUAGGGAUCAAGGGGAUUUUGCGCGGCCAAUAUGCAAAAGCGCGCAGAUGUGUGCGCGGGCAAUAUAUUGCGGGCGCGCAGCAAAGUUUCCAGUCUGGGGUGGCGCAAGAAAUCUUCCGACAGAGGGGCUGGAGCUUCCGACAGGGGGGCUAAAAUGACUAAAAUAAGCAGUUUUCGUACGUUAUUUUGUCAAAUUUGCUCCCACAAAAACCUAAAAUUUCCUCCGAUGGGGGGGCUAGAUGCUUCCGACGGAGGGGCUGUAGCCCCCCUAGCCCUCCCCUGGCGCCACCACUGCUCUGUGGCCCUGAUGAUAUACAAUAAAUAAGUGUCAAAAAAAAUGUUCAAACAUUCAAAUAAAAUAAAUAAAUGGAUGAGUGAAAUAGAUUUUCCAUAAGAAGCAUAUGAAUAAAAAUAAGAGUCGUUGUCUCGAGAUAAUUGUCCACGUGGCUCACGUGGCCGUAUCAAUUAGUUUCCAUGGUUAACUUCUAUCGCCUUAAUAUGAACGUGCCACCUUAACUAGAGCCUGAUUUGUAACAUAUCAACAAAUGAUGGGACAAAAAUGAGCAAUUACACAGCCAUUUCGAUACCAGCGGGGCAAAAUUCUAUAACAUCCUCAAGAAGUCGUACCACACAACAGAGCUACGAUGAAGAAAAAACAAGUGGUGCUACAGAACAUUCAGUAAACCGACACUCCUUCGUCGUCUUUGGUAAAGACUUCACAAAAUCUUCAGAUGUUUUUAAAUUUUGUAUCUGUUCUACUGGCGUUUUCGGAUUUUAUUUGAUCUAUGGAUAUAUGCAGGAACUUAUAUUCAGCCUGCCAGGCUUCAAGCCAUUUGGAUGGUAUCUCACCCUUGUGCAAUUUGCAUGUUACUCAUUCACUGGGACAUUGGAAGUGCUGAUAAGCAAGAAGAAAUUCAAAAGAAGAAUCCCAUUAAAAACAUAUGCUUUACUUGCCUUCCUUACUGUUGCUACAAUGGGCCUUUCUAACACUUCUGUUGGCUACCUCAACUACCCAACUCAGGUUAUUUUCAAGUGCUGCAAGCUCAUCCCGGUUAUGUUAGGUGGCAUUUUAAUCCAAGGGACCAAUCUUGAAAAUGCCUGCCCCAAACAUCAUGGCAACGUCGAACUCCUCCUUGCAACUAAGAUCGCAGACCUGAAAGAGUUGCUCGAGUUCUUUCAUUAUUUCCCUGAAAGAUUUUGAGCUUUCAACUGGAUCCAGUGUUGCAAAGUGGAGUAAAAGUUGUAUUUCGACGCUCAGGACUGUCGUAACCAUUGGAUUCUGUGGAUGAAAAAUUCAGAGACAUUCUCAGAAAUUAGAAUGAUUUCGAAAAAAUAGAAUCAUAAUUUGUGAUAUCAAGUUACUCAUUAUCAAGUUAAAAAAAAGAACCAUGAUUUGUAAUGCCAAGUUUUGUAAUGGAUGUUAGUUUAUCUGCGUCAAACUUUACUGCUAAUUUCAAAACUCGAUGUUAACAAACCUUUUCUAUGUCUUCGAUUGUGAAAAGAAUGUGAUCCAAAGAUUGGACAAUUUGUCGCACAAUCUGGCCAACGUCUUCAAGCCUGGUGGAUGCGUUAUAGUCAUCAACCUGAAGAAGUAAAUAAACAUGAACACAAUUUUUAACAAUUUGCUGUUGAGCAAAUGCUUCGAGACCUAAGACUAAAAAGUGAAGGAUUGAUUCGAUUUUCCUUCUGUGGCUUGAUAGAGAGGUUACAUAUAGAUCAUAUUAUAGUCAGACACCGCGCAGUCAUCUUUUACUUAUUCACUCGUGAGUGAACGGUUCGAAAGUAAGGCAUGCACUUAAUUUCAAUUCUGUUAUCCUGGUAGGGAGGUUACAUAUAAAUCCGAAUAUAGUUGGUGUAUGGAAGGUGAGGUGGUAUAAGACGAGCAAGUUGGCCUUUGCCAUUCCAUAACCACAGUAAAUCGAUAGUUUACUUGUAAAACCUCCAUUUUGGUUGAACAGUUGGUCAGUCGGACUGCCUGCAAACUUAAUUUUUCAUGUUCCUUUUUCCUGUUCUAUUCUAAAAAAUCAAUGUACGCAACUGCUCUAAAUGGUGGAGUGCCAAGAAAGCCAGAGGAUCCUUUUGCCUGUUGCUACAAAGUUACCCCUACUUCUAAAGUCUAUUCAAAAUACUACGUGUAGUUCAACCUUACUAUUCGAUGCCCUGCAUGUUGUAAACACGGUUUUAGAAUCAUUAUGUUUCAAGACAUAUAAUUUUUUCAAGGAAGUUUUACAAAAUAAUUGUUCAUAGGUUAAAGGAAGCAAUUUUAUCUCUUACCAAGGCAUUUGCAUUGAUGAGGUCGUUGAUGCAGGCAGUGGCGUGAGUUUUCAACUGAAAAUAAACAUCGAACAACUGAGAACAUGAUUAAUCGGAAUAAUGUAGCAAAAAUCAUUGCUUGUCAUUCGAAAGUCAUACUAAGCAGAUUAUUACAAAUUGUUAUGUCAUGGCCAAUCAACGUUAUAUUUUCAUUAUUAUGCUUUGAGAGUCUUUGGAGCAUCCUUUCUCUACCAAGGCCUUCAAUUCCCAGAGCACUAUACUUUAUUAGAAAGAUAUUAGAUAUUUUCAGUACAACAAAUGAAAUCAUAUUUUAAGGCGGUAACUUACGUUUCUAAACGCCGACCGUCUGAACGAAGAGUCCGUCAAUUUCGGAAUGAUUUCUGUCCCUCCAUUGCCAAUGUCGGUUAGAUCUUUGGCAAUCUUUAGCAGAAUUUCUACAAAGAGGCAUUUUAUCUAAAACCUAGCAUAUUGGUUUUGUAAAUAUUGGUUUGAGAAUAGAAUGGAGAGGCAACUGUUGUGUUGUAUGGAUAUAUUCAUUGUAUGUGCUAUUUCUUUUAAAGUUUACUUAGCUAAAGAAUAUGAAAUGUUACUUUAAAGUAAGAUAUAGUCAUUAUUGUACAGGGUGCUAAUAUUAAAAUCACCAAUGUUUGUAAAAUCAGACCAAUAAAUUUUCAAGCUGAUAUCCGAAAGGGCGGUUAGCGGGAUGAGAUCUGAGUUUAAUUGUAAAUUUGAGGUCAAAAUUUUAAAUUUCGAUCAUUAGGAAGAAUGCAACAAGCAAAUAUGAUUUAGUGAAACAUUUCUUACCGGUAUUAUUUGCCAGACUUUCCAAAACUGUGAGCAAAUUUGCUCUUUGGAGCUCGAUAUCUUGGAAAUUCUGAAAAAAAAUCAGUUGAUAAGAAUCUUGAUAACGAAUCUAAAGAAUGCUGUAAUUUUAUUGAAACUCACUCAAUAAGGUAAGGUCCUAAACCACUCACGCAUAAAUUUUUUGUUUAGGGAUAUGGUUAUAUGUUUGUUUGUGGAUAUAUUUAAAAAAUCUCCAUAAAAUAAACAAGAACAAGAAGAAAUCUUAAUAUUUUAAGUUGGUGUCACAAAUGAUUGGCUUCAACAGUUAAUUCGAUCAUUUUUGUUGGUGCUAUCUUUACAGCUGUGUUUUUUGGGACCGAUGCUGUGGCCUCGAUUAGAUUCAAUUUUAGCUCAAUACGAGGGUAAUCGUUGGAUACGUGUUACCAAGGUGCCACUACUUGACGACAAAAUGGUAGCUAUAAUCCGAAACGUUGUUUUCAUGAAAGUUAUAUGAAACAGAUCUACAAUUUCUUUUUUUUCGUUUUCGUCGGAGAACUCUUUUGAGGAAUAACAAAUUGCCCCAUUUCAUUCAUUUCUCUGCUUAAAUGUAGCCUCUGUAUUCUCUGAGGACGAGAUAGCAGUGGCAUGUUUUCGGAAUUUAAUGCACCCAUUCUCCUGAAGAAAUACUCAAAAUUUUUAUAGCACAUCGAAUCAAGCAAAUAAAAAGGUUAAAAUAUUCUUAAUGGCUCAAAAAGUGCACUUGGAAAUAAUUGUUAAGCUCACUUUUUUUUGCUUUUGAAAAUAGCUUCUUUCUACAAGUUAUUGAUCUAAUAUUAAAUGAUAGAUUAAAUCGUUUUAGUGAAAUAGCUUAGAAAUUUGUAAUCCCUACUUGUUGAAUACAUUCGGGCAACAUAAUAAUUUAGACACAGUUCAGAAAAUUAUUCCUCAGGCCGAACAUUACCCCAAAGUUUUCAUAAAGUUUCUCAAGAAACAAGGUGGAGUUCUGAAGAGGUUCAUAAAUUUGUUGUUUGCUUUGAAAUGAUUUUACUUGUUGUCGGCCGUUUGAUUGCCAUCUUAACCCUUUAAAACAUUAAAAAUGUGUAGGAAAUUUACAACAUACCUAAUAACUGUGAUGACAUAAAAUAUUAUAAGAUGAUGAAAUCGUUUUUUAUGUGACGACUUUUCAGUUGUUUUUUUAGUCUUUUCCAGGACAGAUAAUGUAAUUUUUGAGUUUUUUGUAGGAAUGAGAGAUUUAAAAAAGGCUAAUGAAAACUGUACACAAGAUAAUCCCAAAUAUUUAUUCUUUAAGUGUAACAAUCUGCUUAAGCUAAGAAAACCUGGCUCUUUUUUAGUUGAUCUCCAUGAAUUUUUUCAAAUCUUGAUGAUCACAAAUCGCUGAAUUCAGGAAUCAAAACUGCACAACAACUCACCCUUCCUUCGAACUCCGCGUUCCAAAAAAUACCAACGGCUUUCUCCGUGUUUUCCAUUUUAAAAUUGAAUAAUUAUCCAAUUAAGACUUGAGAGAAAGUAUCCACAAAAGAUGCAGUUUAUCCGCAAGCGAAAUUUGCGUGUAGCAAAUCAGUUGAGAAGUUCACAACAAAUUUUGUAACGGUUUUUUUCGCUUUUUAAGGUUUGAUUAAUUUGACGUAAAAACUGACGCAAUGUCUCCAAGGAUACCACGAACAUCAUGCAUUGCUCAUUUGCGACAGUUUGAAUGUUUAAAAAGAAAUACAGAAGAUCUUGUUGAAUAAAAACAUCCCUAACUCCUAUCUUGAUAUAAAUAAAAAGUUCUCCUUGGAGUCUUUUAUUGGCAUGCUGUUUAAUGAAAGUGCAUUUAUGAAUUCAACAACGCAGGGAAACCUUUGAGAUUUGUAAACAAGCUACUGUAAAUUGUUCAAAAUCUUUUUUUAGACCCGGUAGCAAAGUUUGAUAAUUUUUAGUUAGAGGGUUAUUGUGGAGGAAGAUAACUGCAAUGUUUGAAUAAAUAAAUACUUUGAAUUGCUCAUUUGCGACAGUUUGAAUGUCUAAAAAGAAAUGCAGAAGAUCUUAUUGAAUAAAAAUAUCCUAGCUCCUACACUACCAGGACAAAGUAUUGCAACACCUGCGAAGGCGAUUAAUGGCGGAUCACGCAAUAACUUUUGUUACAAAUAAAAUUGCAGAUCCAAUGAAGCGUUAAUUCGAAUAUUCCAUUUUCAUUUUUCAAAAUUUUAAAUCAGCAAUUCAAGUAACUUUCAAUUAAACAGACAUUUAGUGGAGGUGCUUCUGGCUCCGAUAAGUACGAAAAAUUGCUUUGGAAUUGAUGCACAAAAUUUGUUGAUGAAAUGCACUGGGAUUCUGUUUUAUUCUCAAUGAAGUUUCUAAGUCAGUUUUUGUUUGAACUUUAAAGAACCUUGUGGAUUUCAAAUCAGAUCAUUUUUGUUCGCAACAAGAAAUAUUCGCUUAUUUUAAGGCUAGGUCUUUGUGAUGGCCGAGGAAGGACAUAGAGUUUGCAGAUUUUCAGGUAAAUUUGAGUAAAAAUGGCCUUAUAACGGAGAUGUAUUGCUUUUUAUGAUAAAAACUGCCUUCCUCAUUUUCCUAGCAUUAAUUUGAUUCCACCGAAGAAACUGUUAUGCAUUAUUUUGACAUGUUUCACUGCAUUAACUCGCACGUCACUAGUUCAUGAUUUACCAAUUUAUAUAGGCCUAAAUGUACCAAAAAAAUUAUCCAAGUUUUAUUGGAGAAUUUUGAGGCUAAAAGAGUCAGAGCUAAUAACUUCAUUUGUUGUUUCCUAAACUUUCACUAUUUUGCUAUCAUUUUCUAUAAAAAGUUGCAAAAUCUUUAGAGUCGAGAGACCAGUUACACGAAUUUACCACUGCAGAUAUUUUUUCUUAUAACUGUAAAAUUUCUUACGUUAAUAUUGUAACUCUAAAUUUUUCGAAAUCCUCAAUAAAUUUCGAAGAAUUUGAUUCCUGGUUUAGAAUGAUUAUGCUUAUUUUUGAGGGGAAUCUUUCAGCGUAAAGUUAAAAGUUUACAAAACUUCAAAUUUUUUUGAUGCCAUUUUGAUUAGGGUGUUGCAAUACUUUUGUCCUGGUAGUGUACACUAGGGUAAGAGAUUUCCAGGCAUUGUAUAAAAUUCGACAAGAAUACAUUGCCCAAUGCAUUGUUUGAAGAUUUUGUGUGUUUGUUUAGUGGGACCUUUGCUGUUUGUUUCUUUAAAUAUUUUUGUAGUGACAUUUAUUUCUGUUCCUGGAGAAAAUGACGCAGGGCGAAGCAUCUUCCCUUGCUGGGUAUUUUCGUGUUCUUUCUCUUGUCUUAGGCAGCCUUUCCACUAGCCUGGGUUAAAACAUAGCCGGGUUAAAAGUUAUCCGUUUUUAAAAUGAGUCAAUGGAAACGCCACUUUUCUUCGACCCGUUUUUAAUCUGUUUCUGAUCGUUCCAACUAAGCCGGGUUAAAAAGUAUUCAGGGUGAAAAGUUGUAAGAGAAAUCAGUAUUUGCAUCAAAAAUCCUUCAAUUUCUAUCAAAUCCUUCAAUUUUGCAUAAUUUACAAAAUGUUUCACGUUUUUUGCAGAUCUUUAUUUUGUCAUGCAUAAUUUCAAGGAUCUUUAUUUUGUCAUGCAUAAUUUCAAGGUCUCGUCGUAUACGUUCAAGAGACUCAAAGUUGUCGAAACUGCUAGUAAAGAUGAAUAGAAAUACAGUGUUUUGAUGUGUAUUCUCGGUAUAAGUAGCAGUUUUUGGCAUUGCAAUAAUAUGUUCAUAUUCUGCUGUUAUUCCCAGAUAUGAUGCUUUAAGCUUAUGAAAGGUACCUUUUGUAAGAGAGCAUACGUUUAAAUUCGUUAAGUCAAAAAUGUGUAGAUUAUUGUAGAAUUUUUGAGUUAUGAAUAUGUUCGUUAAUUAUGACGAACUACGUCUUUUCGCCGUUCAAGCCAAAAAAACCUCUGGUGGGCUCGUUUUGGUUCCAACUUCUUGCCACAUUUAACUCCAAAACCAAGCUGAAUUCAAAUAUUACUACUAGUUGAUCGUUGGAAAUGAAAAUCUUAAUGUUUCUAUUACAAUAUUAGAACAAGAGAUUGGCAAAGUCGGUAUCGCUUCACUUGGCGGCUGAAUGCCGCCUUCGAUUAUUUCACAUCCUUAUUUGUUUACUUCUGGUUCUCUAUAUAGGUCUCUCGAUAAUCUUUUUUUGUCGCUCAUUGCCAUUGAAUAUUAUCUCAGUUAUAUUUGCCAACACUUUAAGAUCAUUUUAGUUUUGGAUAUCUUCCUAUUCAGCUUCUACAUCUUUUGUCCGUAUCCUUCCUUUAUGGUAUCUUUCAAGUCCUAUGAUCCACCACCUUCCAGCAUAGAUUUUGCGUUAUGUUUCAAAUGAGUCGCAUGGGUAGAUUUUUGUUAUAUAAGACUCGUUCAUUCUUCAAUGAUAUUACUUAUCAAGACCAAAACGGAUAGAACGUGAUUCAUAGUUGAAUGAAAACUCUUUGCAUUGGCCUAAUGUUUUUUUUAUUUUCUUCACGUACUGAGCGAAUUGUGACGUGAUUUUAUGCUCCUACUCUACCUUCAAAAUGCUACAUCCACCAUCUUUAUGAAAAAUAAACAGAACAAUAAAAAAAGAGACUCAGUAUUGUUUUAAACAUAUUCCAUUUAUAAAACAUUUCUUCAUAAUACAUUAUGCUAUUAUACAUUUAAAAAGCAAAGGAAUUACUUAUUUUUUAAUGAUUAUAAAAUAUGCUUCAGUUGGUAUAAUCUCGAUCAGAUUGAUAAAUUGAAACAUAUAAACUAUUACUUUAUUCAUCGAAUUGUUCCUACCGCAUUAAACAAACUUUUCAAGGUCGCAUGCUCAUCACAUAGAGUAAAAGAUGGGGGAAGGGACCUGACCGUGUUCGUUCUCUCUUUAGGGAUACUUUAGAUCAACGAAACAUUGGGCCAUAUAAAAAAAUUAUAUCCUCUAGUUCUGAAAUUUCUACUUGUCAAGCGCGCUUUCAUUUCAAACAGGUUUGAAACCUGUUUUCUUAUUCGACCUAACCUCGUUUUUCUUAGGGGAAUUUUCUUUUCUUUUUGAUUCAAUCUGUCUCUAGCUAAAGCCCGUUUGUUUACACUACAGUCAGUUGAGAGUCUCUUGUUUUCUUGAGUCUCCCAUUCUUCUGUAGCAUCUUGCUUCACCUUUUUCUUUGACUGCUCAUCUACACCAUUAGAGGGCCAAUCCUGUGAAGGAACCUCAUCUUGUCUCUUACGUUUUCUCCCUUUGAUCCCACUCUCCAAAAAUUGUGCUUGAUCUCGUUGGUCGCAAUGUUGAUCCACAGCCACAAUUCUUUCGAAUUUGAAGGGACCAAUCUUGAAAAUGCCUGCCCCAAACAUCAUGGCAACGUCGAACUCCUCUUUGCAACUAAGAUCGCAGACCUGAAAGACUUGCUCGAGUUCUUUCAUUAUUUCACUGAAAGAUUUUGAGCUUUCAACUGGAUCCAGUGUUGCAAAGUCGAGUAAAAGUUGUAUUUCGACGCUCAGGACUGUCGUAACCAUUGGAUUCUGUGGAUGAAAAAUUCGGAGACAUUUUCAGAAAUUAGAAUGAUUUCGAGAAAAUAGAAUCAUAAUUUGUGAUAUCAAGUUGUUACUCAUUAUCAAGUUAAAAAAAGAACCAUGAUUUGUAAUGCCAAGUUAAUGGAUGUUAGUUUUUCUGCGUCAAACUUUACUGCCAAUAUCAAAAUUCGAUGUUAACAAACCUUUUCUAUGUCUUCGAUUGUGAACAGAAUGUGAUCCAAAGAUUGGACAAUUUGUCGCACAAUCUGGCCAAUGUCUUCAAGCCUGGUGGAUGCGUUAUAGUCAUCAACCUGAAGAAGUAAAUAAACAUGAAUUAUUUUUUUAAAAAAUCCAAUUAUAAGCAAAUGGGUUUAAAUGUUAUUUCUAAAGUAAAGCAUUGACUCAAGUUGAAUCCUGUAGUCUAGUAGGGAUAUUGCACAAACAUCCGAGUAUUACACAUACACCUCGAGGAGAUGGUAAGAGACGAGCAAUAUGGGCCUCUGAAACCCCAUAGUUUAUUGAUGUUUCGUAUGUGCAGUCUCUAGUUGGUUGUUAACAGUUGGUCCGUCGUCUGACUGCAAACUUAACGUUUCAUGCUCCUUUUUUCUUUUCUAUUCUCAAAAAUCAAGGUACGCAACUGCUAGAGAGAGUUGAGCCCCAGAAAGCCAGGAGACCGUUUUGAUAGGUGCCCCACAUUUAUUUCCUUCUUCUAAAGUCUAUUCAGAAUGCUACUUAAACCUUGACAUUACUAUCCGAUAUCCUGCAUGUCGUAAACAUGGUCAUAGAAUAAAUUUAUUCAAAGACAGGUAUUUUUUCAAGAAAGUUUUUCCAAAUAAUAGUUCGUGGGUAUUCAGUUUAUCUCUUACCAAGGCAUUUGCAUUGACGAGGUCGUUGAUGCAGGCAGUGGCAUGAGUUUUCAACUGAAAAUAAACAUCGAACAACUGAGAAUAUUAUUAAUCGGAAUAAUGUAGGAAAAAUCAUUUGAAGUCUUUGGUUUGAAAUAAAGUUCCUAUCAAAAAUAACCAUGACUUGCUCAAAUUUGCUUGUCAUUUGAAAGUCAUACUAAGCAGAUUAUUACAAAUUGUUAUGUCACGGCCUAUUAUCGUUAUGUUUUCAUUAUUAUGUUUUGAGAGCCUUUGGAACAUCCUUUCUACACUUAAGUCUUCAACUUUCUUAGCACAAUACUUUGUGAUAAGGAUAUUAAAUAUUAGAUAUUUCCGGAGCAACAAAUGAUAUCAUAUUAUAAGGCGGCAACUUACGUUUCUAAACGCCGACCGUCUGAACGAAGAGUCCGUCAAUUUUCGAAUGAUUUCUGUCUUUCCAUUGCCAAUGUCGGUUAGAUCUUUGGCAAUCUUUAGCAGAAUUUCUACGAAGAGGCAUUUUAUCUAAAACCUAGCAUAUUGGUUUUGUGAAUAUUGGUUUGAGAAUAGAAUGGAGAGGCAACUGUUGUGUUGUAUGGAUAUAUUUUUUGUAUGUGCUAUUUCUUUUAAAAUGUACUUAGCUAAAGAAUAUGAAAUGUUACUUUAAAGUAAGAUAUAGUCAUUAUUGUAUAGUGUACUAGUAUUAGAAUCACAAAUGUUUGUAAAAUCAGACCAAUAAAUUUUGGAGUUGAUAUCCGAAAGGGCGGUUAGUGGGAUGGGAUCUGAGUUUAAUUGUAAAUUUUAGGUCAAAAUUUUAAGUUUCGUUCAUUAGGAAGAAUACAACAAGCAAAUAGGAUUUAAUGAAAUAUUUCUUACCAGUAUUAUUCGCCAGACUUUUAAAAACUGUGAGCAAAUUUGCUCUUUGGAGCUCGAAUUCUUGGAAAUUCUGAAAAAAAUCAGUUGAUAAGAAUCUUGAUAACGAAUCUAAAGGAUGCUAUAAUUUUCUUGAAACUCACUCAAUAAGGUAAGGUCCUAAACGACUCACGCAUAGAUUUUUUGUUUACGAAUAUUAACAAUAGAAUAUUUUUUGUUUACGUUUAUGAACAGUUAAAUCGAUCAUUUUUGUUGGUGCUAUCUUUACAGCUGUGUUUUUUGGAACCGAUGCUAUGGCCUCGAUUAGAUUCAAUUUUAGCUCAAUACGAGGGUAAUCGUUGGAUACGUGUUACCAAGGUGCCACUGCUUGACGACAAAAUGGUAGCUAAAAUCCGAAACGUUGUUUUCAUGAAAGUUAUAUGAAACAGAUCUAAAAUUUCUUUUUUCAUUUCGUUUUGGUCGAAAAAAAGAUAGGAAUUUUUGGGGAAAUACAAAUUGCCAUUCAUUUCUCUGCUUAAAUGUAUUCUCUGUACUAUCUAAGAACGAGAUAGCAGUGGCAUGUUAUCGGAAUUUAAUGCACUCAUUCUCCUGCAGAAAUACUCAAAAUUUUUAUAGCAGUUAUCGAAUCAAGCAAAUAAAAAGGUUAAAAUAUUCUUAAUGGCUCAAAAAAUGUUAAGCUCUCUACAUUUUUUGCUUUUGAAAAUAACUUCUUUUUACAAGCUAUUGAUCUAAUAUUAAAUGAUAGAUUAGAUCGUUUUAGUGAAAUACAAGCUUAGAAAUUUGUAAUCCCUACUUGUUGAAUACAUUCGGGCAACAUAAUAAUUUAGACACAGUUCAGAAAAUUAUUCCUCAGGCCGAACAUUACCCCAAAGUUUUCAUAAAGUUUCUCAAGAAACAAGGUGGAGUUCUGAGGAGGUUCAUAAAUUUGUUGUUUGCUUUGAAAUGAUUUUACUUGUUGUCGGCUGUUUGAUUGCCAUCUUAACCCUUUAAAACAUUAAAAAUGUGUAGAAAAUUUACAACAUACCUAAUAACUGUGAUGAUAUAAAAUAUUAUAAGAUGAUGAAAUCGUUUUUUAUGUGACGACUUUUCAGUUGUUUUUUUAGUCUUUUCCAGGACAGAUAAUGUAAUUUUUGAGUUUUUUGUAGGAAUGAGAGAUUUAAAAAAGGCUGAUGAAAACUGUACACAAGAUAAUCCCAAAUAUUUAUUCUUUAAGUGUAACAAUCUGCUUAAGCUAAGAAAACCUGGCACUUUUUUAAUUGAUCUCCAUGAAUUUUUUCAAAUCUUGAUGAUCAUAAAUCGCUGAAUUCAGGAAUCAAAACUGCACAACAACUCACCCUUCCUUCGAACUCCGCGUUCCAAAAAACACCAACGGCUUUCUCCGUGUUUUCCAUUUUAAAAUUGAACAAUUAUCCAAUUAAAACUUGAGAAAAAGUAUCCACAAAAGAUGAAGUUUAUCUGCAAGCGAAAUUUGCGUGUAGCAAAUCAGUUGAGAAGUUCGCAACAAAUUUUGUAACGGUUUUUUCGCUUUUUAAGGUUUGAUUAAUUUGACGUAGAAACUGUCGCAAUGUCUCCAAGGAUACCACGAACAUCAUGCAUUGCUCAUUUGCGACAGUUUGAAUGUUUAAAAAGAAAUACAGAAGAUCUUGUUGAAUAAAAACAUCCCUAACUCCUAUCUUGAUAUAAUUAAAAAGUUCUCCUUGGAAUAUGUUAUGGGCAUGUUGUUUAAUUAAAGUGCUUUCAUGAAUUCAACAACGCAGGGAAACCUUUGAGUAUUCUAAAAAAGCUACUGUAAAUUGUUCAAAAUCUUUAUUUAGACCCGGUAGCAAAGUUUUAUAAUUUUUAGUUAGAGGGUUAUUUUGGAGGAAGAUAACUGCGAUGUUUAAAUAAAUAAAUAUCUCUAAAUUCUUUGAUGCAUUGCUCAUUUGAGAUGCACAGUUUGAAUGUUUAAAAAGAAAUGCAGAAUAUCUUGUUGAAUAAAAAUGUCCUAGCUCCUAUUUUGAUAUCAUUAACACAACCCAUGCAGAUGAAAUGAAUUCAUGAAUUCAAAAGGGGAAGAAAUCCUUUGACGAGACGACUGCACUUUAACGACCCACUUUUUUGUUUUCUCAAUCGUUUACAAAAAUUAUGAGACUGCUGUUUCUUCCCAUCUCACAAUAAUGCCAAUGUCUGUUUGGCGUAUUUUGUCUAAAUUAUUUGGUAAGCCAUUCGUAAUUUUGACUCUGGCGUCACACAGACUUAUUUGUUGCUCAGUCCCUCCACCGUCCCCUUCCUUCCCCCGCCCCCUCCAAGCAAUGUUGUUUAUUGAGAUUUGGUGAAAUGCACAAGGGUAAGAGAUUUCCAGGCAUUGUACAAAAUUCGAGAAGAAUACAUUGCCUAAUGAAUUGUUUGAAGAUUUUGUGUGUUUGUUUUAUGGGACCUUGGCUGUUUGUUUCUUUAAAGAUUAUUGUAGUGACGUUUAUUUCAGUUACUGGAGAAAAUGACGCAGGGCGAAGCAUCUUCCCUUGCAGGGUAUUUUCGUGUUCUUCUCUUGUCUUCAGUAAUGUCGUAAUGUAUUUCUAAAGUUUUCAAGUUCUGUUAAUAAAUACCUAGGGCCCGUCGUGGCCCAGGAAGGCUCAGGUUAGGUCUGUCUCUAUUUGAUAAGUGUCUUCUUUACCAGCUUGAGUUCACUCCUUGUAUUUAAUUCUGUUCUGGUUCCAUUUGAAUUUCUCAAUGUGAUCUUCGAGACAUUUUGAUGCUGACUUAUAAAUUGCACCUUCUUUCAGAUGUUGUAUAUUUUUCGUUUUUUAUUAGAUGGCUCGUUAUUCUCGAAAAAUGUUUCAGGAAUAUCAUGUUACCCUAGUUUUUCUAGAGCGCGUGUUUUUAUAACCAUUCUAAACUGCAUAAUUGACACACAGUGACAAGAGCCCAAAGCCUUAAAUAUGGCAAACAGAACGGCGUCGAUUUCUGACCUGCAUUUUCAGUUUGAUUUUGUUAUGCUGUUCUGUAAACAAGUUAAUCUUAUGGAAUUGAAUCAGCUUUCUUUGAACUUUUUGAAUAAUUGCGAUGAUCUGUUAGGUAAUGUAAAAAUGGCUGCUAUCUUGUCUUUCCCAGUUCAAAGUCAUCUACAUAUAACAGCGUUACGAAUACCAUCGAAAUACGUAGCAUCUUUCGAUGUUCAAAACUUGGUUCGCUUACGAUCUAUUAUGUAUUUCUAAGCUCUUCUUUAUUUGUUAAAGUCCUGGCGCUAGUAGGGAUCUUCUCGAUGUUUAAGAUAUCGCUUGUUUACUUCCCUUAUCAGAAUUCAAUUCAAGUUUUUAAGUAUUUGAGGCCAUUGUGUAUAUCAUUACUGUCUCGACAAGCUUUUCGUUGCUGUUCCAUUCUGCUAUGUUUAUUUCAAUCUUCUACUGGGAAGAUGUAAGUCAAAUAUUGUUUUCUCUGUUUUUGUUUUGUUUGGGAUUCUUGAUUGACUUUACCUUUUAGUAUCUGGGAGUUUUUAUAUAAACUGACUAUAUUGCAGAGGAAAUGUGUCAUAAUUUGGAUUGCGACUACGAACAGCAAACAACUACAUCACUACCUUUAGAUUAUGUUAGUUCCAAGCAUGCGCGCAUAUUUGCCCAUACUUUUGAACUUGUUCCGAACCUUUAAUAUCAAUACGUAGGGUUUUUGACAAUACUUGGGAGACUAUCUUGAAAUAAGUUUGCAAUUUUCCAUAUUUUAGUAUUUUGACGGGAUUGCAGAAGUUUGCCCAUACUUUUGAACUUGUUCCGAACCUUUAAUAUCAAUACUUAGUGUUUUUGACAAAACUUAGGAGACUAACUUGAAAUAAGUUUGCAAUUUUUCCAUAUUUUAGUAUUUUGACGGAAUUGCAGAAAUUUGCCCAUACUUUUGAACUCUUUCCGAACUUUUAAUAUCAAUACUUGGGGUUUUUGACAAUACCUAAGAGACUAACUUGAAAUAAGUUUGCAGUUUUUCAUAUUUUAGUAUUUUGACGGAAUUGCAGAAGUUUGCCCAUACUUUUGAACUUGUUCCGAACCUUUAAUAUCAAUACUUAGUGUUUUUGACAAAACUUAGGAGACUAACUUGAAAUAAGUUUGCAAUUUUUCCAUAUUUUAGUAUUUUGACGGAAUUGCAGAAAUUUGCCCAUACUUUUGAACUCUUUCCGAACUUUUAAUAUCAAUACUUGGGGUUUUUGACAAUACCUAAGAGACUAACUUGAAAUAAGUUUGCAGUUUUUUCAUAUUUUAGUAUUUUGACGGAAUUGCAGAAAUUUGCCCAUACUUUUGAACUCUUUCCGAACUUUUAAUAUCAAUACUUGGGGUUUUUGACAAUACCUAAGAGACUAACUUGAAAUAAGUUUGCAGUUUUUUCAUAUUUUAGUAUUUUGACGGAAUUGCAGAAAUUUGCCCAUACUUUUGAACUCUUUCCGAACUUUUAAUAUCAAUACUUGGGGUUUUUGACAAUACCUAAGAGACUAACUUGAAAUAAGUUUGCAAUUUUUUCAUAUUUUAGUAUUUUGACGGAAUUGCAAACUAGAAAUAAGUUUUUUGCAUCAUUAUAUACUAUCAUGAUGAACCACUUAUAAUAACUUCUUAACAAUGACAGCUGCAUCUCCAAUAGAAUAAGUCUUGAAUUUGAAAGCGUUAUCAUUUGUGAAGAUCUCUUUGUGCCAUUGAUUUUGGUAUAAUCCCUACUGUAUCCCAGAAUGAUUUAUUGCCAGGUUUUCAACUGCUAAACGUUUCAAACUGUUCACAAUUUUGUUUCCAGUAACUUUCGAAAAUAUUUGAGUUAGAAUCAAAAGCAGAGAACACGGGUCAAAUAUGUAACAAAAAAUUUGUAAGACACUUACAGUAGAAUCCCGAUAUAACGAACGCUGAAGGGAACCAGAAUAUAAUUCGUUAUAUCGGGAGUUUGUUAAACCGGGAGGAAAUAUUUUUUUAGGUCUUUUCGCCGUUCAAGCCAAAAAAACCUCUGGUGGGCUUGUUUUUGUUCCAACUCCUGUCCACAUUUAACUCCAAAAACCAAGCUGAAUUCAAAUAUUACUACUAGUUGAUCGUUGGAAAUGAAAAUCUUAAUGUUCCUAUUACAAUAUUAGAACAAGAGAUUGGCAAAGUCGGUAUCACUUCACUUGGCGGCUGAAUGCCGCCUUCGAUUAUUUCACAUCCUUAUUUGUUUACUUCUGGUUCUGUAUCAAGGUCUCUCAAUAAUCUUUUUUUGUCGCUCAUUGCCAUUGAAUAUUAUCUCAGUUAUAUUUGCCGACACUUUCAGAUCAUUUCAGUUUUGGAUAUCUUCCUAAUCAGCUUCUACAUCUUUUGUCCGUAUCCUUCCUUUAUGGUAUCUUUCAAAUCCUAUGAUUCACCACCUUCCAGCAUAAUUUUUUUGUUAUGUUUCAAAUGUGUCGCAUGGGUAGAUUUUUCUUACAUAAGACUCGUUAAAUCUUCAUUGAUAUUACUUAUCAAGACCAAAAAGGAUAGAACGUGAUUCAUAGUUGAGUGAAAACUCUUUGCAUUGGCCUAAUUUUUUUUUUAUUUUCUUCACGUACUGAGCGAAUUGUGACGUGAUUUUAUGCUCCUACUCUACCUUCAAAAUGCUACAUCCACCAUCUUUAUUCACUUCUCGAUCUCUCAGUGUAUACUUGAAUUCACUAAAGAACUAAAUCACCUAUAUUUAAUUAAAAAAAUUUCAAAUGUCAGACAUAACAGAAAAAUAAAAAAAAGAGACUCAGUAUUGUUUUGAACAUAUUCCAUUUAUAAAACAUCUCUUCAUAAUACAUUAUGCUAUUAUACAUUAAAAAGGAAAGGAAUUACUUAUUUUCUGAUGAUUAUAAAGUAUGCUUCAGUUGGUAUAAUCUCGAUAAGAUUGAUAAAUUAAAACAUAUAAACUAUUACUUUAUUCAUCGAAUUGUUCCUACCGCAUUAAACAAACUUUUCAAGGUUGCAUGCUCAUCACAUAGAGUAAAAGAUGGGGGAAGGGACCUGACCCUGUUCGUUCUAUCUUUAGAAAUACUUUAGAUCAACGAAACAUUGGGCCAAAUAAAAAAAUUAUAUCCUCUAGUUCUGAAAUUUCCACUUGUCAAGCGCGCUUUCAUUUCAAACAGGUUUGAAACCUGUUUUCUUAUUCGACUUAACCUCGUUUUUCUUAGGGGACUUUUCUUUUCUUUUUUAUUCAAUCUGUCUCUAGCGAAAGCCCGUUUGUUUACACUACAGUCAAUUGAGAGUCUCUCGUUUUCUUGAGUCUCCCAUUCUUCUGUAGCAUCUUGCUUCACCUUUUUCUUUGACUGCUCAUCUACACCAUUAGAGGGCCAAUCCUGUGAAGGAACCUCAUCUUGUCUCUUUCGUUUUCUCCCUUUGAUUCCACUCUCCAAAAAUUGGGCUUGAUCUCGUUGGUCGCAACGUUGAUCCACAGCCACAAUUCGUUCGAAUUGGAAGGGACCAAUCUUGAAAAUGCCUGCCCCAAACAUCAUGGCAACGUCGAACUCCUCUUUGCAACUAAGAUCGCAGACCUGAAAGACUUGCUCGAGUUCUUUCAUUAUUUCACUGAAAGAUUUUGAGCUUUCAACUGGAUCCAGUGUUGCAAAGUGGAGUAAAAGUUGUAUUUCGACGCUCAGGACUGUCGUAACCAUUGGAUUCUGUGGAUGAAGAAUUCAGAGACAUUUUCAGAAAUUAGAAUGAUUUCGAGAAAAUAGAAUCAUAAUUUGUGAUAUCAAGUUACUCAUUAUCAAGUUAGAAAAAGAACCAUGAUUUGUAAUGCCAAGUUAAUGGAUGUUAGUUUAUCUGCGUCAAACUUUACUGCUAAUUUCAAAAUUCGUUGUAAACAAACCUUUUCUAUGUCUUCGAUUGUGAAAAGAAUGUGAUCCAAAGAUUGGACAAUUUGCCGCACAAUCUGGCCAAUGUCUUCAAGCCUGGUGGAUACGUUAUAGUCAUCAACCUGAAGAAGUAAAUGAAUAUGAACUAAUUUUUUUAAAAUUCACUCAUGAGCAAAUGGUUGGAGAUUUUAUUUCUAAAGUGAAGCAUUGACUCAAGUUGAAUUCUGUAGUCUUGUAGGGAUAUUGCGCAAACAUCCGAUUAUUACACAUACACCAGGAGGAGAUGGUAAGAGACGAACAAUAUGGGCCUCUGACACCCCAUAGUUUAUCGAUGUUUCGUAUGUGCAGUCUCUAGUUGGUUGUUAACAGUUGGUCCGUCGUCUGACUGCAAACACAAUGUUUCAUGCUCCUUUUUUCUUUUCUAUACUCAAAAAUCAAGGUACGCAACUGCUAGAGAGAGUUAAGUCCCAGAAAGCCUGGAAACCGUUUUGAUUGGUGCCCCACAGUUAUUUCCUUCUUCUAAAGUCUAUUCAGAAUGCUACUUAAACCUUGACAUUACUAUCCGAUAUCCUGCAUGUCGUAAACAUGGUCAUAGAAUAAAUUUAUUCAAAGACAGGUAUUUUAUCAAGGCAUUUUUCCAAAUAAUAGUUCGUGGGUAUCCAGUUUAUCUCUUACCAAGGCAUUUGCAUUGACGAGGUCGUUGAUGCAGGCAGUGGCAUGAGUUUUCAACUGAAAAUAAACAUGGAACAACUGAGAACAUGUUUAGUCGGAAUAAUGUAGCCAGCAAAAAUCAUUUGAAGUCUUUGGUUUGAAAUAAAGUUCCUAUCAAAAAUUACCAUGACUUGCUCAAAUUUGCUUGUCAUUCGAAAGUCAUACUAAGCAGAUUAUUACAAAUUGUUAUGUCACGGCCAAUCAACGUUAUGUUUUCAUUAUUAUGCUUUGAGAGCCUUUGAAGCAUCCUUUCUCUACUAAGGACUUCAAUUCCCAGAGCACAAUACUUUGUGAGAAGGAUAUUAGAUAUUAGAUAUUUUCAGUACAACAAAUGAAAUCAUAUUCUAAGGCGGCAACUUACGUUUCUAAACGCCGACCGUCUGAACGAAGAGUCCGUCAAUUUCCGAAUGAUUUCUGUCUUUCCAUUGCCAAUGUCGGUUAGAUCUUUGGCAAUCUUUAGCAGAAUUUCUACGAAGAGGCAUUUUAUCUAAAACCUAGCAUAUUGGUUUUGUGAAUAUUGGUUUCAGAAUGGAAUAGGGAGGCAACUGUUGUGUUGCAUGGAUAUAUUCAUUGUAUGUGCUAUUUCUUAUAAAGUGUACCUAGCUAAAGAAUUUGAAAUGUUACUUUAAAGUAAGAUAAAGUCAUUAUUGUACAGUGUACUAAUAUUAAAAUUACCAAUGUUUGUAAAAUCAGUCCAAUAAAUUUUCAAGCUGAUAUCCGAAUGGGCGGUUAGUGGGAUGGGAUCUGAAUUUAAUUGUAAAUUUUAAUCCAAAAUUUUAAAUUUCGUUCAUUAGGAAGGAUACAACAAGCAAAUAUGAUUUAAUGAAACAUUUCUUACCAGUAUUAUUUGCCAGACUUUUAAAAACUGUGAGCAAAUUUGCUCUUUGGAGCUCAACAUCUUGGAAAUUCUGAAAAAAAUCAGUUGAUAAGAAUCUUGAUAACGAAUCUAAAGAAUGCUAUAAUUUUCUUGAAACUUUCUCAAUAAGGUAAGGUCCUAAACGACUCACGCAUAAAUUCUUUGUUUAUGGUUAUGUUUAUACGUUUGUUUGUGGGUAUGUUUAAAAAUCUCCAUAAAAUAAACAAGAACAAGAAGAAAUCUUAAUUUUUGAAGUUGGUGUCACAAAUGAUUGGCUUCAACAGUUAAUUCGAUCAUUUUUGUUAAUGCUAUCUUUACAGCUGUAUUUUUUGGAACCGAUGCUAUGGCCUCGAUUAGAUUCAAUUUUAGCUCAAUACGAGGGUAAUCGUUGGAUACGUGUUACCAAGGUGCCACUGCUUGACGACAAAAUGGUAGCUAAAAUCCGAAACGUUGUUUUCAUCAAAGUUUUAUGAAACAAAUCUAAAACUUCUUUUUUUUCGUUUUGGUCUGAGAAAUAGAAAAGUUUUUUAGGGAAAAACAAACUGUCCUAUUUUAUUCAUUUCACAGUUAGAAUGUAUCCUCUGUAUUCUCUAAGGACGAGAUAACAGUGGCAUGUUAUCGGAAUUUAUUGCACUCAUUCUCAUGAAGAAAUACUCAAAAUUUUUAGAGCACUUCGAAUCAAGCAAAUAAAAAGGUUAAAAUAUUCUUAAUGGCUCAAAAACUGCACUUGGAAAUAAUUGUUAAGCUCUCUACAUUUUUUGCUUUGGAAAAUAACUUCUUUUUACAAGUUAUUGAUCUAAUAUUAAAUGAUAGAUUAGAUCGUUUUAGUGAAAUAGCUUCGGAAUUUGUAAUCCCUACUUGUUGAAUACAUUCGAGCAACAUAAUAAUUUAGACAGUUCAAAAAAUUAUUCCUCAGGCCGAACAUUACCCCAAAGCUUUCAUAAAGUUUCUCAAGAAACAAGGUGGGGUUCUGAGGAGGUUCAUAAAUUUGUUGUUUGUUUUGAAACGAUUUACUUGUUGCCAUCUUAACCCUUUGAAAUAUUAAAAAUGUGUUCGAAAUUCACAACAUAUCUUAUAACUGUGAUGAAAUAAGGUAUUUUAAGAUUAAAAAAUCGUUUUUUAAUUAGCGACUUUUCAGUUUUUUUUAUUUGAAUCUUUUCCAUGACUGAAGAUGUAAUUUUUGAGCUUUUUGUAGGAAUGAGAGAUUUAAAAAAGGCUGAUGAAAUUGUACAGAAGAUAAUCCCAAAAAUUUAUUCUUUAAAUUUAUCAAUCUGUUUAAGCUAGAAUAAUUUGCUCUUUUUUAAUUGAUCUCCAUGAAUUUUUUCAAAUCUUGAUGAUCAUAAAUCGCUGAAUUCAGGAAUCAAAACUUCGCAACAACUCACCCUUCCUUCGAACUCCGCGUUCCAAAAAACACCAACGGCUUUCUCCGUGUUUUCCAUUUUAAAAUUGAAUAAUUAUCCAAUUAAGACUUGAGAAAAAGUAUCCACAAAAGAUGCAGUUUAUCCGCAAGCGAAAUUUGCGUGUAGCAAAUCAGUUGAGAAGUUCGCAACAAAAUUUGUAACGGUUUUUUCGCUUUUUAAGGUUUGAUUAAUUUGACGUAAAAACUGUCGCAAUGUUUCCAAGGAUACCACGAACAUCAUGCAUUGCUCAUUUGCGACAGUUUGAAUGUUUAAAAGGAAAUGCAGAAGAUCUUAUUGAAUGAAAAUGUCCUAGCUCCUAUUUUGAUAUAAAUAUAAAGUUCUCCUUGGAUUCUUGUUAGUUAUCGGCAUGUUGUUUCAUGAAAGUGCAUUUAUGAAUUCAACAACGCAGGGAAACCUUUGAGAUUUGUAAACAAGCUACUGCAAAUUGUUCAAAAUCUUUAUGUAGACCCAGUAGCAAAGUUUGAUAAUUUUUAUUUAGAGGGUUAUUGUGGAGGAAGACAACUGCAAUGUUUAAAUAAAUAAAUACUUUGAAUUGCUCAUUUGCGACAGUUUGAAUGUCUAAAAAGAAAUGCAGAAGAUCUUGUUGAAUAAAAAUAUCCUAGCUCCUAUCUUGAUAUAAAUAACACAAUCCAUGCAGAUGAAAUGAGUUCAUGAAUUCAAAAUCGAAUGAAAUCCUUUGACGAGACGACUGCACUUUAACGACCCACUUUUUUGUUUUCUCAAUCGUCCACGAAAAUUUUGAGACUGCUUUUUCCUCCCAUCUCACAAUAAUGCCAACGUCUGUUUGGCGUAUUUUGUUGAAAUUAUUUAGUAAACCAUUUGUAAUUUUGACUCAAGCCUCACACAGACUUAGUUGUUGCUCAGUCCCUCCACCGUCCCCUUCCCUCCCCCGCCUCCUCCAAGCAAUGUUGUUUGUUGAGAUUUGGUGAAAUACACUAGGGUAAGAGGUUUCCAGGCAUUGUACAAAAUUCCACAAAUAUACAUUGCCCAAUGCAUUGUUUGAAGAUUUUGUGUGUUUGUUUUGUGCGACCUUGGCUGUUUGUUUCUUUAAAGAUUAUUGUAGUGACGUUUAUUUCAGUUACUAGAGAAAAUGAGGCAGGGCGAAGCAUCUUCCCUUGCUGGGUAUUGUCGUGUUCCUCUCUUGUCUUCAGUAAUGUCUUAAUGUACUUAUAUAGUUUUCAAGUUCUGUUAAUAAAUACCUAGGGCCCUUCGUGGCUCAGGAAGGCUCAGGUUAGGUCUGUCUCUAUUUGAUAAGUGUCUUCUUUACCAGCUUGAGUUCACUCCUUGUAUUUAAUUCUGUUCUGGUUCCAUUUGAAUUUCUCAAUGUGAUCUUCGAGACAUUUUGAUGCUGACUUAUAAAUUGCACCUUCUUUCAAAUGUUGUAUAUUUUUGGUUUUUUAUGAGAUGGCUCGUUAUUCUCGAAAAAUGUUUCAGGAAUAUCAUGUUACCAUACUUUUUCUAGAACGUGUGUUUUUAUAACCAUUCUUUGCUGCAUAAAGGACAUACACGAACAAGAGCCCAAAGCCUUAAAAAUGGCAAACAAAACGGCGUCGAUUUCUGACCUGCAUUUUCAGUUUGAUAUUGUUAUGCUCUUCUGUAAACAAUUUUAUCUUAUGGAAUCGAAUCAGCAUUCUUUGAACUUUUUAAAUAAUUGAGCAAUGCAAUAAUCUGUAAGAUAAUGUAAAAAUGGCUGCUAUCUUGUCUUACCCAGUUCAAAGUCAUCUACAUAUAACAGCAUUGCGAUUACCAUCGAAAUAUACGUAGCAUCUUUCAAUGUUCAAAACUUGGUUCGCUUACGAUCUAUUAUGUAUUUCUAAGCUCUUCUUUAUUUGUUAAAGUCCUGACGCUAGUAGGGAUCUUCUCAAUGUUUAAGGUAUCGCGUGUUCACUUCCCUUAUUAGAAUUAAAUUGAAGUUUUUAAGUAUUUGAGGCCAUUGUGGAUAUCAUUACUGUCUCGACAAGCUUUUCGUUGCUGUUCCAUUCUGCUAUGUUUAUUUCAAUCUUCUACUGGGAAGAUGUAAGUCAAAUAUUGUUUUCUCUGUUUUUCUUUUGUUUGGGAUUCUUGAUUGACUUUACCUUUUAGUAUCUGGGAGUUUUUAUAUAAACUGACUAUAUUGCAGAGUAAAUGUGUCAUAAUUUGGAUUGCUACUACGAACAGCAAACAACUACAUCACUACCUUUAGAUUAUGUUAGUACCAAGCAUGCGCGCAUAUUUGCCCAUACUUUUGAACUCUUUCCGAACUUUUAAUAUCAAUACUUAGAGUUUUUGACAAUACCUAAGAGACUAACUUGAAAUAGGUUUGCAAUUUUUUCAUAUUUUAGUAUUUUGACGGAUUUGCAGAAAUUUUCCCAUACUUUUGAACUCUUUCCGAACUUUUAAUAUCAAUACGUAGAGUUUUUGACAAUACCUGAGAGACUAACUUGAAAUAAGUUUGCAAUUUUCCAUAUUUUAGUGUUUUGACUGAAUUGCAGAAGUUUGCCCAUACUUUUGAACUUGUUCCGAACCUUUAAUAUCGGCACUUAGAGUUUUUGACAAUACUUAGGAGACUAACUUGAAAUAAGUUUGCAAUUUUUUAAUAUUCUAGUAUUUUGACGGAAUUGCAAACUUUAAAUAAGUUUUUUGCAUCAUUAUAUACUAUCAUGAUUAACCAAUUAUAAUAACUUCUUAACAACGACAGCUGCAUCUCCAUUAGAAUUUGUUUUGAAUUUGAAAGCGUUAUCAUUUGUAAAGAUCUCUUCGUGCCAUUGAUUUUGGUAUAAUCCCUACUGUAUCAUUAGUGAGUGUGCCUAGAAUGAUUUAUUGCCAGGUUUUCAACUGCUAAACGUUUCAAACUGUUCACAAUUUUGUUUCCAGUAACUUUCGAAAAUAUUUUAGUUAGAAUCAAAACCAGAGGACACGGGUCAAAUAUGUAACAAAAAAUUUGUAAGACACUUGCCAUCUUUCAGUAGAAUCCCGAUAUAACGAACGCUGAAGGGAACCAGAAUAUAAUUCGUUAUAUCUGGAGUUUGUCAAACCAGGAGGAAAUGUUUUUUAGGUCUUUUCGCCGUUCAAGCCAAAAAAACCUCCGGUGGGCUUGUUUUUGUUCCAACUCCUGUCCACAUUUAACUCCAAAAACCGAGCUGAAUUCAAAUAUUACUACUAGUUGAUCGUUGGAAAUGAAAAUCUUAAUGUUUCUAUUACAAUAUUAGACCAAGAGAUUGGCAAAGUCGGUAUUACUUCACUUGGCGGCUGAAUGUCGCCUUCGAUUAUUUCACAUCCUUAUUUGUUUACUUCUGGUUUUCCAUCUGGGUCUCUCAAUAAACGUUUUUCGUCGCUCAUUGCUAAUGUCUCAUAUGUAAAAAGGUAUUCGUUAGUCUCAAUGUAUUCAUUCGCAUUUGACACGAUUAAAAUAUGACACGAUUAAAAUAUUUAUCUCGUGCUCUGCGUGUAUCAACCAAUGCUUUAAAUGUAUCAUCAGCAUGUUUGGCCGAUUAAAAACACGAUUUCCCCCAAGACUAAGUGCUAAAUGAACACGGGAAAUGAGUAAACAGAAAUUGCAGAUGUAAAAUAUAUGAAAAGUCUGUUAUAUCGAGGGUAAUUAUGAUGAAGGGACCUAUAUCCGGGAUUCGUUAUACCGAGACAAUUUGUAAGGUGUUUGUAAGGAGCAGAAUCCAAAGGACCAGACAUUUAGUUCCUUAUACCAGGAAGUUCGUUAUAUCCGGGGUUUGUUAUAUCGGGAUUCCACUGUAUAUUAUCUCAGUUAUAUUUGCGGACACUUUCAGAUCAUUUUAAUUUCGGAUUUCUUUCUAGUCAGCUUCUACUUCUCUUGUCCGUAUCCUCCCUUUAUAAUAUCUUUCAAAUCCUAUGAUUCACCACCUUCCAGCAUAGAUUUGUUGUUAUGUUUCAAAUGAGUCUCAUGGGUGGAUUUUUGUUACAUAAGACUCGUUCAUUCUUGAAUGAUAUUACUUAUCAAGACCAAAAAGGAUAGAACGUGAUUCAUAGUUGAAUAAAAACUCUUUGCAUUGGCCUAAUGUUUUUUAUUUUCUUCACGUACUGAGCGAAUUGUGACGUGAUUUUAUGCUCCUACUCUGUCUUCAAAAUGCUACAUCCACCAUCUUUAUUCACUUCUCAAUAUCUCAGUGUAUACUUAAAUUUACUCAGGGCCGUAGCUACGGGGGUGGUGGGGGAGUUCGACCCCCCAGACCCUAACCUUGUCGGCAAAUCUUCGAAAAUGGAAGUUUUGUCGUCAACCUCUUGGAAACUGGCAAAUUCUUAGAAGAGAGACAUAGAAUUUGUCCAUUGUCAAAUAGAUAUUAUCGGUUGUUGAUGACAGCACCAGUCACAGUUGAAAUUUGUGAAAACCUAACAAGAAUAAUUUAGGAUCGUUCAAACUCUCUCGUGCUAAAGACCAGGCUCGGUUAAGGCCCGUGUGGCAAAGUGGCGAUCCCACCGGGCCCUCAAAUUACGGGCCCUUUCUGCAAAAGUUGGAGUGGAGAAGACAAUUUUCAUAAACUGGAAAAUACAUACAGUCACAGCCAAGGCCCCUAACAUGCGUGCUGGCUUCACAACUAAGCAUCAAAAUGAAGUCUGCGCGCAGGCCAAAGGGCCCCACUAUGACCAACAUCCACUAUACAAAAAUUCUAGUUCAAAUUUCGCACAAAGACAAAUUUGUCCUACUUCCUAGAGAAAUAAUUUGAAACUGCAUGUAGAGAUCAAGAAGCUGUUGUUUUUAGUUAGUUGUCUAGAGUCGCCAUUCCUACAUUUCUAGCUAAUAAUGACCUUCCACACAUGAUCGAACGUUGCCUAGGGUCAUAUCACUUUAUGGGAAGAAAGUUGUGCAGGAAGAAAGCUUCUCAAAUUGGGAAAUUUUUGUAAUCAACUUUGCGAAAGAAGCGAAAUAGGAGCUUUGCAAUAACAAACUUUCGCGUUUUAGCGAAAAUCAUGGACUUUGCGUGAAAAACAUUUCUAUUCAAUUGAUGUUUCCUUCUAUUUUUAUUCCACAUGAUACCAGCAAAGCAACGAAAAAGAUGUAAAAUUUGUCCAACAGAAUAAUUCUUCGUCAAAGUUUUCAAGUGGAUCAACAUCAAAAUUUUCUGGUUAUUUCACAAAAAUAAAUUUUCGAAAAUUUUGUAUUUCAGGAAGUUUUGCAUAUCAAUCAUCCGGGAUUUUAGGCCAUAAACGCUAAAAAAUGCAAAGGUUCCUUCCUUCGCAAGUUUUUUUUUCCGUGACAAUCUCUUUCCGCGAAAGUUUUUUCCUUGAAAGUAGAAAGCAACAGUUAAAGGCCUUCCCCUGCUGCCCUUUAAGUUUUUUUUUUCUCUGAAACCCUCUGCAAGGUGCAUGCUUAAAAGUUAUAAUGAAGUUUUUCUGUUUGCUAAUUAUUAAAUAAACAACGUGUUUAGAAUAAUAAAGUUUGGUACAGACUAAGGAAUCGGUAUCGUUUUAAGUUCUCUCAAUGAUGUUUUAGUGUGAAUAAGUUUGUAGGUCACUAGAUUUCAAAUUGUAGCCAAGAUACUAACCUAGACAAAUGAAAAGAUGACACAUAAAAGAAAAGAACAUGCAGGUUGAAUUUUUGAUUAUUUUCUUGGCUCAAUUUCAGAAUACUAUAUAUAUAUAUUUAUAUAUUAGGUUCGCUUGAAAAUGUUGCAAAAAAUUGUCACACUAGGAUUGUUAUUUUGAACUGUUAUGACAGUUUCUUAAAUUUACAAAUAGAACCAUUGUUUCGCUGUUAUUAUGCAAAGUUUAACUGCAUACAUAGAAUCCUUGAUUGAAAUAGAGAACCACAACCGUCAAUAAUUGAUUUGAACUGAACAUAUUUUAGCCUUUUCUCGCAUUAGUUGGUGUGGCUCAAGAAAGUUUAUCUGUCACACCCUGAGCCGGGACCUUUUGGUUUGCUGCCACCCUGCAAUUGUGACACUGAGCAAAACCGAAAUAUAGAACUUCGAGAAAAAAUAUUCGCGAGUUUUAUCAAUGAUAAUUAUAAUCGUUUGAGAACCACGCCCGUAUCUGUUGCCACGCCAAUUUCGUCGGCAAACCACUGGUUUUGCUCCCCCCCCACCUCCAUGAAAAUUUUCUAGUGACGGCCCUGAAUUCACCAAAGAACUAAAUCACCUAUAUUUGAAAAAAAGUUCAAAUGUCAGACAUAACAGAAGACUAAAAAAGACUCAGUAUUGUUUUAAAAAUAUUCCAUUUAUAAAACAUCUCCUCAUAAUACAUUAUGCUAUUAUACAUUUAAAAAGCAAAGGAAUUACUUAUUUUCUAAUGAUUAUAAAGUAUUCUUCAGUUGGUAUAAUCUCGAUCAGAUUGAUAAAUUAAAACCCAUAAACUAUUACUUUAUUCAUCGAAUUGUUCUUACCGCAUUAAACAAACUUUUCAAGGUCGCAUGGUCAUCACAUAGAGUAAAAGAUGGGGGAAGGGACCUGACCCUGUUUGUUCUCUCUUUAGAGAUACUUUAGAUCAACGAAACAUUGGGCCAUAUAAAAAAAUUAUAUCCUCUAGUUCUGAAAUUUCUACUUGUCAAGCGCGCUUUCAUUUCAAAAAGGUUUGAAACCUGUUUUCUUAUUCGACCUAACCUCGUUUUUCUUAGGGGAAUUUUCUUUUCUUUUUGAUUCAAUAUGUCUUUAGCGAAAGCCCGUUUGCUUACAUUACAGUCAGUGGAGAGUCUCUUGUUUUCUCGAGUCUCCCAAUCUUCUGUAGCAUCUUGCUUCACCUUUUUCUUUGACUGCUCAUCUAUACCAUUAGAGGACCGAUCAUGUGAAGAAACCUCAUCUUGUCUCUUUCGUUUUCUCCCUUUGAUCCCACUCUCCAAAAAUUGGGCUUGACCUCGUUGGUCGCAACAUUGAUCCACAGCCACAAUUCUUUCGAAUUUGAAGGGACCAAUCUUGAAAAUGCCUGCCCCAAACAUCAUGGCAACAUCGAACUCCUCUUUGCAACUAAGAUCGCAGACCUGAAAGAGUUGCUCGAGUUCUUUCAUUAUUUCCCUGAAAGAUUUUGAGCUUUCAACUGGAUCCAGUGUUGCAAAGUGGAGUAAAAGUUGUAUUUCGACGCUCAGGACUGUCGUAACCAUUGGAUUCUGUGGAUGAAGAAUUCGGAGACAUUUUCAGAAAUUAGAAUGAUUUCGAGAAAAUAGAAUCAUAAUUUGUGAUAUCAAGUUACUCAUUAUCAAGUUAAAAAAGAACCAUGAUUUGUAAUGCCAAGUUAAUGGAUGUUAGUUUAUCUGCAUCAAACUUUACUGCUAAUAUCAAAAUUCGAUGUUAACAAACCUUUUCUAUGUCUUCGAUUGUGAAUAGAAGGUUAUCCAAAGAUUGGACAAUUUGUCGCACAAUCUGGCCAAUGUCUUCAAGCCUGGUGGAUGCGUUAUAGUCAUCAACCUGAAGAAGUAAAUAAACAUGAACACAAUUUUUAACAAUUUGCUGUUGAGCAAAUGCUUCGAGACCUAAGACUAAAGUGAAGGAUUGACUCGAUUUCCCUUCUGUAGCUUGAUAAAGAGGUUACAUAUAGAUUAGAUUAUAGUCAGACACUACGCAGUCAUCUUUUACUUAUUCACUCGUGAGCCAACGGUUCGAAAGUAAGGCAUGCACUUAAUUUCAAUUCUGUAAUCCUGGUAGAGAGGUGACAUAUAGAUCAGAUUAUAGUCGGGCAUCGCGCAGUCAUCUUUUACUUAUUCACUCGUGAGCCAAUGGUUCGAAAGUAAGGCAUGCACUUAAUUUCAAUUCUGUAAUCCUGGUAGAGAGGUGACAUAUAGAUCAGAUUAUAGUCGGGCAUCGCGCAGUCAUCUUUUACUUAUUCACUCGUGAGCCAAUGGUUCGAAAGUAAGGCAUGCACUUAAUUUCAAUUCUGUAAUCCUGGUAGAGAGGUGACAUAUAGAUCAGAUUAUAGUCGGGCAUCGCGCAGUCAUCUUUUACUUAUUCACUCGUGAGCCAAUGGUUCGAAAGUAAGGCAUGCACUUAAUUUCAAUUCUCUAAUCCUGGUAGGGAGGUUACAUAUAAAUCAGAUUAUAGUUGGUGUAUGGAAGGUGAGGUGGUAUAAGACGAGCAAGUUGGGCCUUUGCCAUUCCAUAACCACAAUAUAUCGAUAGUUUAUUUGUAAACCUCCAUUUUGGUUGAACAGUUGGUCAGUCGGACUGCCUGCAAACUUAAUUUUUCAUGUUCCUUUCUCCUGUUCUAUUCUAAAAAAUCAAUGUACGCAACUGCUCUAAAUGGUGGAGUGCCAAGAAAGCCUGAAGAUCCUUUUGCCUGUUGCUGCAAAGUUACCCCUACUUCUAAAGUCUAUUCAAAAUACUACGUGUAGUUUAACCUUACUAUUCGAUGCCCUGCAUGUUGUAAACACGGUUUUAGAAUCAUUAUGUUUCAAGACAUAUAAUUUUUUCAAGGAAGUUUUACAAAAUAAUUGUUUAUAGGUUAAAGAAAGCAAUUUUAUCUCUUACCAAGGCAUUUGCAUUGACGAGGUCGUUGAUGCAGGCAGUGGCGUGAGUUUUCAACUGAAAAUAAACAUCGAACAACUGAGAACAUGAUUAAUCAGAAUAAUGUAGCAAAAAUCAUUUGAAGUCUUUGGUUUGAAAAAAAGUUCCUAUCAAAAAUUAUCAUGACUUGCUCAAAUUUGCUUGUCAUUCGAAAGUCAUACUAAGCAGAUUAUUACAAAUUGUUAUGUCAUGGCCAAUGAUCGUUAUGUUUUCAUUAUUAUGCUUUGAGAGCCUUUGGAGCAUCCUUUCUCUACUAAGGCCUUCAAUUCCCAGAGCACUAUACUUUAUUAGAAAGAUAUUAGAUAUUUUCAGUACAACAAAUGAAAUAAUAUUCUAAGGCGGUAACUCACGCUUCUAAACGCCGACCGUCUGAACGAAGAGUCCGUCAAUUUCCGAAUGAUUUCUGUCUUUCCAUUGCCAAUGUCGGUUAGAUCUUUGGCAAUCUUUAGCAGAAUUUCUACAAAGAGGCAUUUUAUGUAAAACCUAGCAUAUUGGAUUUGUGAAUAUUGGUUUCAGAAUGGAAUAGGGAGGCCACUGUUGUGUUGUACAUAUAAAUUCAUUGUAUAUGCUAUUUCUUAUAAAGCGUACUUAGCUAAAGAAUAUGAAGUGUUACUUUAAAGUAAGAUAUAGUCAUUAUUGUACAGUGUACUAAUAUUAAAAUCACCAAUGUUUGAAAAAUGAGUCCAAUAAAUUUUCAAGCUGAUAUCCGAAUGGGCGGUUAGUGGGAUGGGAUCUGAAUUUAAUUGUAAAUUUUAGGCAAACAUUUUAAAUUUCGAUCAUUAGGAAGAAUACAACAAGCAAAUAUGAUUUAAUGAAACAUUUCUUACCGGUAUUAUUUGCCAGACUUUCCAAAACUGUGAGCAAAUUUGCUCUUUGGAGCUCGACAUCUUGGAAAUUCUGAAAAAAAUCCAUUUUAUAAGAAUCUUGAUAACGAAUCUAAAGGACGCUGUAAUUUUCUUGAAACUCACUCAAUAAGGUAAGGUCCUAAACGACUCACGCAUAAAUUUUUUGUUUAGGGAUAUGUUUUUAUGUUUGUUUGUGGGUAUGUUUAAAAAAUCUCCAUAAAAUAAACAAGAACAAGAAGAAAUCUUAAUAUUUGAAGUUGGUGUCACAAAUGAUUGGCUUCAACAGUUAAAUCGAUCAUUUUUGCUGGUGCUAUCUUUACAGCUGUGUUUUUUGGGUCCGAUGCUGUGGCCUCGACUAGAUUCAAUUUUAGCUCAAUACGAGGGUAAUCGCUGGAUACGUGUUACCAAGGUGCCACUGCUUGACGACAAAAUGGUAGCUAAAAUCCGAAACAUCGUUUUCGUGAAAGUUUUAUGAAACAAAUCUAAAACUUCUUUUUUUUCGUUUUGGUCGGAGAACUGUUUUGGAAAAUAACAAAUUGCCCUUUUUAAUUCAUUUCUCUUCUUAAAUGUAUCCUCUGUAUUCUCUAAGGACGAGAUAGCAGUGGCAUGUUAUCGGAAUUUAUUGCACUCAUUCUCCUGAAGAAAUACUCAAAAUAUUUAUAGCACAUAGAAUCAAGCAAAUAAAAAGGUUAAAAUAUUAUUGAUGGCUCAAAAAUUGCACUUGAAAAUUAAUAUUAAGCUCUCUUUAUUUUCUUCCUUUGAAAAUAUCCUCUUCUUAUAAGUUAUUCAGUCUUUUAGUAAAACUUUAUUUCUGAGACGUAAGGGACGUAAAUACAGGUUGUUAACAAACUUUGUCUGUUGAAUCUUGUUUGAUGUCGUCUUAGAACAUUUCUCAUUUUCACAACCGUUCUUAUCGUUUAUCCUUCACUCAAAUGUUUAUAAUCGAAAAAUACUCAGUUAACCCUGUUGAUUUCUGUAGUGGAGUACCCUUGCCAAUGCUUUAUAAUCUGCUGACAUUAUGACCGAAAACAUUUUGUUUUUAUUCAUUUGCAGUUUAAUUUUUCCUUUUGUGCCUCAACUAGCAGAAAUUUCCCUUAUUUGCAUUGACAGAAUUAUCCCCUUACAAGAAUUUGGCUAUGAAAUGACAGAUUAGAUCGUUUUAGACAAAUCACUUUCUUUGUCGUCGACCGUUUGAUCGUCAUAUUAACUCUUAAAACAUUAAAAAUGUGUAGAAAAUUUACAUCAUACCUAAUUUCCUACAAGUUUUACUAAAUAAAAUAUAAUAAGAUAAUAAAAUCUUUUUUGAACUGACGACUUUUCAAUUUUCUUGUUCUAGUGUUUUCCAGGAUUGAAGAUGUGUUUAUUUUGAGCUUUUUAGACAUGAUAUAUUCAAAAUAUGGCUUAUUUUACUAAACAACCCCAAAGAUGGAUUCUUCAAGUGUAUCAAUCUGCUUAAGCUAGAAAACUUGUCUUUUUUUUAAUUGAUCUCCAUGAAUAUUUUCAAAUCUUGAUGAUCAUAAAUCGCUGAAUUCAGGAAACAAAACUUCGCAACAACUCACCCUUCCUUCGAACUCCGCGUUCCAAAAAACACCAACGGCUUUCUCCGUGUUUUCCAUUUUAAAAUUGAAUAAUUAUCCAAUUAAAACUUGAGAAAAAGUAUCCACAAAAGAUGCAGUUUAUCCGCAAGCGAAAUUUGCGUGUAGCAAAUCAGUUGAGAAGUUCACAACAAAUUUUGUAACGGUUUUUUUCUGCUUUUUAAGGUUUGAUUAAUUUGACGUAAAAACUGUCGCAAUGUCUCCAAGGAUACCACGAACAUCAUGCAUUGCUCAUUUGCAACAGUUUGAAUGUUUAAAAAGAAAUGCAAAAUAUCUUGUUGAAUAAAAACAUCCCUAACUCCUAUCUUGAUAUAAAUAAAAAGUUCUCCUUUGAAUAUGUUAUCGGCAUGUUGUUUAAUGAAAGUGCAUUUAUGAAUUCAACAACGCAGGGAAAUCUUUAAGAAUUGUAAACAAGCUACUGUAAAUUGUUCAAAAUCUUUAUGUAGACCCGGUAGCAAAGUUUGAUAAUUUUUAGCUAGAGGGUUAUUGUGGAGGAAGGUAACUGCAAUGUUUAAAUAAAUAAAUAUCUCUAAAUUUUUUGAUGCAUUGCUCAUUUGCGACAGUCCCUCCACCAUCCCCUUCCUUCCCCCGCCCCCUCCUAGCAAUGUUGUUUGUUGAGAUUUGGUGAAAUACACUAGGGUAAGAGGUUUCCAGGCAUUGUACAAAAUUCCACAAGAUUACAUUGCCCAAUGCAUUGUUUGAAGAUUUUGUGAUUUGGCUGUUUGUUUCUUUAAAGAUUAUUGUAGUGACGUUUAUUUCAGUUCUGGAGAGAAUGACGCAGAGUGAAGCAUCCUCCCUUGCAGGGUAUUUUCGUCUUCUUCUCUUGUCUUAGUCUUGACAUCUACAUAGUUUUCAAGUUCUGUUAAUAAAUACCUAGGGCCCUUCGUGGCUCAGGAAGGCUCAGGUUAGGUCUGUCUCUAUUUGAUAAAUGUCUUCUUUACCAGCUUGAAUUUACUCAUUGCAUUUAAUUCUGUUAUGGUUUCAUUUGAAUUUCUAAGUGUGAUCUUGGAGACAUUUGGAUGCUGACCUAGAAAUUGCACCCUACCUUCUUUCAAAUGAUGUAUAUUUUUUGUUUUUUGUGAGAGAGCUCAUUAUUCUCGAACAAUGUUUCAGGAAUAUCAUGUUACCAUACUUUUUCUAGAGUGUGCUUUCAUAACCAUUCUAAACUGCAUAUCUGACACACACGAGCAAGAGCCCAAAGCCUUAAAAAUGGCAAACAAAACUUUGCAAUUUCUGUCCUUCAUUUUCAGCUUGAAAUUGUUAUGCUGUUGUGUAAACAAGUUAAUCUUAUGGAAUUUAAUCAGCUUCAUUUGAACUCUGAGCUGCUGUCUUGUCUUUCCCAGUUCAAAGUCAUCUACAUAUAACAGCAUUACGAUUACCAUCGAAGUGCAAAGCAUCUUUCUAUAUUCAAAACUUUGUUCGUUUACGAUCUGUUGAAUAUCAUUAAACUUUUCUCUUAUUAAGGCCCUGACGCUAGUAGAGACCUUCUUGAUGUUCAAUAUAUUGCUUGAUAUUUUACUUCUCUUAUCAGAUUUCUUUUUUAUAAGCAUUUGAGGCCGAUCUGGAUAUCAUUAAUGUCUUUAAGUUGCUGUUUAAUCCAGCUAUGUUAGUUUCAUUCUUCUGUUGGGUCAAUUUAAGUCAAAUGUUGUUUUGCCUCUUUUUCUUUUGUUUGGGAAUUCUAGAUUGACUUUAUCUUUCAAUAUCUGGGAGUUUUUAUAUAAACUGACUACGAAUAGCAAAUCAGUAAAUGUGUCAUAAUUUGGAUUGCGACUACGAAUAGCAAACAACUAUAUCACUACCUUUAGGCCCCGUUCACACGGGAACGCAAUCGUUCCGUUCCGUUCUUAUCCGUUCCGAAAAGCGUAACGCUCAGGGGUUGUGUUCACACGGGAACGCUUCAAACGACAUCGUUCCGUCCCAAAAAGUGGAACGAUAAAAUAAGUGAUACGAAAAGUGGAACGGUACGCAAUCGUUCCGUUCCGUUCCCGUGUGAACGCGCAGAAUUGGUCCAGAAAAUGGAAUGAUAAGUGUUUUGCCUUUGGCGCAUGCGUCUGUGUUGUUGUUGAGGGAAGGAAAAGGUGACAAUAAGAAACUCAGCGAAAAAAAUGGAGGAUUUCAAAAACACCAUUGGGCUGAAUCUCGCCGUCAGUCCAUUUAAAAGAUUCAACACCAUUCUGCAAACAUUGAAAUUCCUUCCUUUUAGGGUUGGCUUCACUUUUCCCACGAGCUUCCUUAUUUUGGGGCGCUUUUGUAUUCUCCAUUUUUUCAAAUUGUUUAAAAAAUUCAGAGAUAGCUCAGAGAUAAAUCGAAAUGAUGAAAUCUAUCUCCAUUAUGGACAUGCGCAUUAAAAAUCAUUCUCUUAUUUUGGCGCGCAAAUUGCAGAACGGAACGAUUGCGUUCCCGUCUGAACAUAAACAAAAAUCGAUACGCAAUCGUUCCGUUACCGUGUGAACAGUAUACUUUUCCGUUCCAGAAACUGGAACAAAAAUGGAACGGAACGAUUGCGUUCCCGUGUGAACGAGGCCUUAGAUUAUGUUAGUUCCAAGCUCGCGCAAAUAUUUGGCCAUACUUCGGCGACUGAUUUGAAAUAAGUUGCAAUUUGUUCAUAUUUUAGUAUUUUGACGGAAUUGCAGAAAUUUUCCCAUACUUUUGAACUCUUUCCGAACCUUUAAUAUCAAUACUUAGGGUUUUUGACAAUACUUAGGAGACUAUCUUGAAAUAAGUUUGCAGUUUUUUCAUAUUUUAGUAUUUUGACGGAAUCGCAGAAAUUUUCCCAUACUUUUGAACUCUUUUCGAACCUUUAAUAUCAAUACUUAGGGUUUUUGACAAUACUUAGGAGACUAUCUUGAAAUAAGUUUGCAGUUUUUUCAUAUUUUAGUAUUUUGACGGAAUCGCAGAAAUUUUCCCAUACUUUUGAACUCUUUUCGAACCUUUAAUAUCAAUACUUAGGGUUUUUGACAAUACUUAGGAGACUAUCUUGAAAUAAGUUUGCAGUUUUUUCAUAUUUUAGUAUUUUGACGGAAUUGCAGAAAUUUGCCCAUACUUUUGAACUCUUUCCUAACCUUUAAUAUCAGUACUUAGAGUUUUUGACAAUACUUAGGAGACUAACUUGAAAUAAGUUUGCAAUUUGUUCAUAUUUUAGUAUUUUGACGGAAUUGCAAACUUUAAAUAAGUUUUUUGCAUCAUUAUAUACUAUCAUGAUUAACGAAUUAUAAUAACUUCUUAACAACGACAGCUGCAUCUCCAUUAGAUUUUGUCUUGAAUUUGAAAGCGUUAUCAUUUGUAACGAUCUCUUCGUGCCAUUGAUUUUGGUAUAAUCCCUACUGUAUCCCAGAAUGAUUUAUUGCCAGGUUUUCAACUGCUGAACGUUUCAAACUGUUCACAGUUUUAUUUCCAGUAACUUUCGAAAAUAUUUGAGUUAGAAUCAAAACCAGAGAACACGGGUCAAAUAUAUAACAAAAAAUUUGUAAGACACUUCCAGUAGAAUCCCAAUAUAACGAACGCUGAAGGGAACCAGAAUAUAAUUCGUUAUAUCUGGAGUUUGUUAAACCAAGAGGAAAUGUUUUUUUAGGUCUUUUCGCCGUUCAUGCCAAAAAAACCUCUGGUGGGCUCGUUUUGGUUCCAACUGAUGUCCACAUUUAACUCCAAAAACCAAGCUGAAUUCAAAUAUUACUACUAGUUGAUCGUUGGAAAUGACAAUCUUAAUGUUUCUAUUACAAAAUUAGACCAAGAGUUUGGCAAAGUUGGUAUCACUUCACUUGGCGGCUGAAUGUCGCCUUCGAUUAUUUCACAUCCUUAUUUGUUUACUUCUGGUUCUGUAUCAAGGUCUCUCAAUAAUCUUUUUUUGUUGCUCAUUGCCAUUGAAUAUUAUCUCAGUUAUAUUUGCCGACACUUUCAGAUCAUUUCAGUUUUGGAUAUCUUCCUAAUCAGCUUCUACAUCUUUUGUCCGUAUCCUUCCUUUAUGGUAUCUUUCAAAUCCUAUGAUCCACCACCUUCCAGCAUAGAUUUUUUGUUAUGUUUCAAAUGUGUCGCAUGGGUAGAUUUUUCUUACAUAAGACUCGUUAAAUCUUCAUUGAUAUUACUUAUCAAGACCAAAAAGGAUAGAACAUGAUUUAUAGUUGAAUGAAAACUUUCUCUAUUGGCCUAAUGUUUUUUUAAUUUUCUUCACGUACUGAGCGAAUUGUGACGUGAUUUUAUGCUCCUACUCUGUCUUCAAAAUGCUACAUUCACCAUCUUUAUUCACUUCUCAAUAUCUCAGUGUAUACUUAAAUUCACCCAGGGCCGUCGCUACGUGGGUGAUGGGGGAGUGUGACCCCCCCCAGAGCCUAACCUUGUCGGCAAAUCUUCGAAAAUGGAAGUUUUGUCGUCAACUUCUUGGCAACUGGCAAAUUUUUAGAAGAGAGACAGAUAAUUUGUCCAUUGUCAAAUAGACAUUAUCGGUUGUUGAUGGCAGCACCAGUCACAGUUGAAAUUUGUGAAAACCUAACGAGAAUAAUUGAUGAUCGUGCAAACUCUCUCGUGCUAAAGGCCACGCUCGGUUUAGGCCCGGGUGGCAAAGUGGCGAUCCCCACCGGGCCCUCAAAUUACGGGCCCUUUCUGCAAAAGUUGGAGUGGAGAAGAUAAUUUUCAUAAACUGGAAACUAAAGUCACCACCAAGGCCCCUAACAUGCGUGCUGGCUUCACAACUAAGCAUCAAAAUGAAGUCUGCGCGCAGGCCAAAGGGCCCCACUAUGACCAACAUCCACUAUACAGAAACUCUAUUUCAAAUUACGCACAAAGACAAAUUUGUCCUACUUCCUAGAGAAAUAAUUUGAAACUGUAUGUAGAGAUCAAGGAGCUGUUGCUUUUAGUUAGUUGUCUAGAGUCGCCAUUGUUACAUUUUUAGCUAAUAAUGACCUUCCACACAUGAUCGAACGUUGCCUAGGGUCAUAUCACUUUAUGGGAAGAAAGUUGUGCAGGAAGAAAGCUUCUCAAAUUGGGAAAUUUUUGGAAUCAACUUUGCGAAAAAGCGAAAUAGGAGCUUUGCAAUAACAAACUUUCGCGUUUUAGCGAAAAUCAUGGACUUUGCGUGAAAAACAUUUCUAUUCAAUUGAUGUUUUCCUUCUAUUUUUAUUCCACAUGAUACCAGCAAAACAACGAAAAAGAUGUAAAAUUUGUCCAACAGAAUAAUUCUUCGUCAAAGUUUUCAAGAGGAUCAACAGCAAAAUUUUCUGGAUAUUUCACAAAAAUAAAUUUUCGAAAAUUUAGUAUUUCAAGAGGUUUUGCAUAUCAAUCAUCCACGAUUUUAGGCCAUAAACGCUGAAAAACGCAAAGGUUCCUUCCCUCGCAAGUUUCUUCCCGUGAAAUUUCUUUCCGCGAAAGUUUCUUUCUUGAAAGUAGUAAGCAACAGUUAAAGGCAUUCCCCUGCUGCCCUUUAAGAUUUUCUUUUCUCUGAAACCCUCUGCAAGGUGCAUGCUUAAAAGUUAUAAUGAAGUUUUUCUGUUUGCUAAUUGUUAAAUAAACAACGUGUUUAGAAUAAUAAAGUUUGGUACAGACUAAGGAAUCUGUAUCGUUUUAAGUUCUCUCAAUGAUGUUUUGAUGUGAAUAAGUUUGUAGGUCACUAGAUUUCAAAUUGUAGCCAAGAUACUAACCUAGACAAAUGAAACGAUGACACAUAAAAGAGAAGAACAUGCAGGUCGAAUUUUUGAUUAUUUUCUUGGCUCAAUUUCAGAAUACUUUAUAUAUAUUUAUAUAUUAGGUUCGCUUGAAAAUGUUGCAAAAAUUGUCAGACUAGGAUUGUUUCUUUGAACUGUUAUUUGAGUUUCUUAAAUUUACAAAUAGAACCAUUGUUUUGCUGUUAUUAUGCAAAGUGUAACUGCAUACAUAGAAUCCUUGAUUUAAAUAGAGAACCACAACCCUCAAUAAUUGAUUUAAACUGAGCCUUUUCUCCCAUUAGUUGGUGAAGCCCAAAAAGUUUAUCUGCCACACCCUGAGCCGGGACCUUUUGGUUUGCUGCCACCCUGCAAUUAUGACACUGCGCAAAACCGAAAUAUAGCAGUUCGAGAAAAAGUAUUCGCGAGUUUUAUCACUGAUAAUUAUAAUCGUUUGAGGACCACGCCCGUAGCCCGUAUCUGUUGCCACGCCCAUUUCGUCGGCAAACCACUGGUUUUGAACCCCCCCCCCUAUGAAAAUUUUCUAGCGACGGCCCUGAAUUCAACAAAGAACUAAAUCACCUAUAUUUGAAAAAAAGUUCAAAUGUCAGACAUAACAGAAGACUAAAAAAGACUCUUUAUUGUUUUAAACAUAUUCCAUUUAUAAAACAUUUCUUCAUAAUACAUUAUGCUAUUAUACAUUUAAAAAGCAAAGGAAUUACUUAUUUUCUAAUGAUUAUAAAGUAUGCUUCAGUUGGUAUAAUUUCGAUCAGGUUAAUAAAUUAAAACCUAUAAACUAUUACUUUAUUCAUCGAAUUGUUCCUACCGCAUUAAACAAACUUUUCAAGGUUGCAUGCUCAUCACAUAGAGUAAAAGAUGGGGGAAGGGACCUGACCCUGUUUGUUCUCUCUUUAGAGAUACUUUAGAUCAACGAAACAUUGGGCCAUAUAAAAAAAUUAUAUCCUCUAGUUCUGAAAUUUCUACUUGUCAAGCGCGCUUUCAUUUCAAAAAGGUUUGAAACCUGUUUUCUUAUUCGACCUAACCUCGUUUUUCUUAGGGGAAUUUUCUUUUCUUUUUGAUUCAAUAUGUCUUUAGCGAAAGCCCGUUUGCUUACAUUACAGUCAGUGGAGAGUCUCUUGUUUUCUCGAGUCUCCCAAUCUUCUGUAGCAUCUUGCUUCACCUUUUUCUUUGACUGCUCAUCCAAAGCAUUAGAGGACAAAUCAUGUGAAGAAACCUCAUCUUGUCUCUUUCGUUUUCUCCCUUUGAUCCCACUCUCCAAAAAUUGGGCUUGAUCUCGUUGGUCGCAACAUUGAUCCACAGCCACAAUUCUUUCGAAUUUGAAGGGACCAAUCUUGAAAAUGCCUGCCCCAAACAUCAUGGCAACGUCGAACUCCUCUUUGCAACUAAGAUCGCAGACCUGAAAGACUUGCUCGAGUUCUUUCAUUAUUUCCCUGAAAGAUUUUGAGCUUUCAACUGGAUCCAGUGUUGCAAAGUGGAGUAAAAGUUGUAUUUCGACGCUCAGGACUGUCGUAACCAUUGGCUUCUGUGGAUGAAGAAUUCAGAGACAUUUUCAGAAAUUAGAAUGAUUUCGAAAAAAUAGAAUCAUAAUUUGUGAUAUCAAGUUACUCAUUAUCAAGUUAAAAAAGAACCAUGAUUUGUAAUGCCAAGUUAAUGGAUGUUAGUUUAUCUGCGUCAAACUUUACUGCUAAUAUCAAAAUUCGAUGUUAACAAACCUUUUCUAUGUCUUCGAUUGUGAACAGAAUGUGAUCUAUUGAUUGGACAAUUUGUCGCACAAUCUGGCCAAUGUCUUCAAGCCUGGUGGAUGCGUUAUAGUCAUCAACCUGAAGAAGUAAAUAAACAUGAACUAAUUUUUUUAAAAUUCACUCAUGAGCAAAUGGUUGGAGAUUUGAUUUCUAAAGUGAAGCAUUGACUCAAGUUAAAUUCUGUAGUCUUGUAGGGAUAUUGCGCAAACAUCCGAUUAUUACACAUACACCAGGAGGAGAUGGUAAGAGACGAGCAAUAUGGGCCUCUGACACCCCAUAGUUUAUCGAUGUUUCGUAUGUUCAGUCUCUAGUUGGUUGUUAACAGUUGGUCCGUCGUCUGUCUGCAAACUAAACGUUUCAUGCUCCUUUUUUCUUUUAUAUUCUCAAAAAUCAAGGUACGCAACUGCUAGAGAGAGUUGAGUCCCAGAAAGCCAGGAGACCGUUUUGAUAGGUGCCCCACAGUUAUUUCCUUCUUCUAAAGUCUAUUCAGAAUGCUACUUAAACCUUGACAUUACUAUCCGAUAUCCUGCAUGUCGUAAACAUGGUCAUAGAAUAAAUUUAUUCAAAGACAGGUAUUUUUUCAAGAAAGUUUUUCCAAAUAAUAGUUCGUGGGUAUCCAGUUUAUCUCUUACCAAGGCAUUUGCAUUGACGAGGUCGUUGAUGCAGGCAGUGGCAUGAGUUUUCAACUGAAAAUAAACAUGGAACAACUGAGAACAUUAUUAAUCGGAAUAAUGUAGCAAAAAUCAUUUGAAGUCUUUGGUUUGAAAUAAAGUUUCUAUCAAAAAUUACCAUGACUUGCUCAAAUUUGCUUGUCAUUCGAAAGUCAUACUAAGCAGAUUAUUACAAAUUGUUAUGUCAUGGCCAAUCAACGUUAUGUUUUCAUUAUUAUGCUGUGAGAGUCUUUGGAGCAUCCUUUCUCCAUUUAAGUCUUCAACAUUUUUAGCGCAAUACUUUGUGAGAAGGAUAUUAAAUAUUAGAUAUUUCCGGAGCAACAAAUGAAAUGAUAUUCUAAGGCGGUAACUUACGUUUCUAAACGCCGACCGUCUGAACGAAGAGUCCGUCAAUUUCCGAAUGAUUUCUGUCUUUCCAUUGCCAAUGUCGGUUAGAUCUUUGGCAAUCUUUAGCAGAAUUUCUACGAAGAGGCAUUUUAUCUAAAACCUAGCAUAUUGGUUUUGUGAAUAUUGGUUUGAGAAUAGAAUAGGGAAUGGAAUGGGGAGGCAACUGUUGUGUUGUAUGGAUAUAUUCAUUGUAUGUGCUAUUUCUUUUAAAGUUUACUUAGCUAAAGAAUAUGAAAUGUUACUUUAAAAUAAGAUAUAGUCAUUAUUGUACAGUGUACUAAUAUUAAAAUUACCAAUGUUUGUAAAAUCAGACCAAUAAAUUUUCAAGCUGAUAUCCGAAAGGGCGGUUAGUGGGAUGGGAUCUGGGUUUAAUUGUAAAUUUUAGGUCAAAAUUUUAAAUUUCGAUCAUUAGGAAGAAUGCAACAAGCAAAUAUGAUUUAAUGAAACAUUUCUUACCGGUGUUAUUUGCCAGACUUUCAAAAACUGUGAGCAAAUUUGCUCUUUGGAGCUCGACAUCUUGGAAAUUCUGAAAAAAAAUCCAUUUUAUAAGAAUCUUGAUAACGAAUCUAAAGGAUGCUAUAAUUUUCUUGAAACUCACUCAAUAAGGUAAGGUCCUAAACGACUCACGCAUAAAUUUUUUGUUUAGGGAUAUGUUUUUAUGUUUGUUUGUGGGUAUGUUUAAAAAAUCUUAAUAAAAUAAACAAGAACAAGAAGAAAUCUUAAUAUUCGAAGUUGGUGUCACAAAUGAUUGGCUUCAACUGUUAAAUCGAUCAUUUUUGUUGGUGCUAUCUUUACAGCGGUGUUUUUUGGGACCGAUGCUGUGGCCUCGAUUAGAUUCAAUUUUAGCUCAAUACGAGGGUAAUCGCUGGAUACGUGUUACCAAGGUGCCACUGCUUGGCAACAAAAUGGUAGCUAAAAUCGGAAACAUCGUUUUCGUGAAAGUUUUAUGAAACAAAUCUAAAACUUCUUUUUUUUCGUUUUGGUCGGAGAACUGUUUUGGAAAAUAACAAAUUGCCCUUUUUAAUUCAUUUCUCUUCUUAAAUGCAUUCUCUGUAUUCUCUAAGGACGAGCUAGCAGUGGCAUGUUAUCGGAAUUUAUUGCACUCAUUCUCCUGAAGAAAUACUCAAAAUAUUUAUAGCACAUCGAAUCAAGCAAAUAAAAAGGUUCAAAUAUUAUUGAUGGCUCAAAAAUCGCACUUGAAAAUUAAUAUUAAGCUCUCUUUAAUUUCUUCCUUUGAAAAUAUCCUCUUCUUAUAAGUUAUUAAGUUUUUUAGUAAAACUUCAUUUCUGAGACGUAAGGGACGUAAAUACAGGUUGUUAACAAACUUUGUCUGUUGAAUCUUGUUUAGUGUCGUCUUAGAACAUUUCUCAUUUUCACAACCGUUCUUAUCGUUUAUCUUUCACUCAAAUGUUUAUAAUCGAAAAAUACUCAGUCAACCCUGUUGAUUUCUUUAGCGGAUUACCCUUGCCAAUUCUUUAUAAUCUGCUGACAUUAUGACCGAAAACAUUUUGUUUUUAUUCAUUUGCAGUUUAAUUUUUCCUUUUGUGCCUCAACUAGCAGAAAUUUCCCUUAUUUGCAUUGACAGAAUUAUCCCCUUACAAGAAUUUGGCUAUGAAAUGACAGAUUAGAUCGUUUUAGACAAAUCACUUUCUUUGUCGUCGACCGUUUGAUUGCCAUAUUAACUCUUAAAAACAAUAAAAAUGUGUAGAAAAUUUACAGCAUACCUAUUUUCCUACAAGUUUUACGAAAUAAAAUAUUAUAAGAUAAUAAAAUUAUUUUUGAAGUGACGACUUUUCAAUUUUCUUGUUCUAGUGUUUUCCAGGACUGAAGAUGUGUACAUUUUGAGCUUUUUAGACAUGAUAUAUUCAAAAAAUGGCUUAUUUUACUAAACAACCCCAAAGAUGGAUUCUUUAAGUGUAACAAUCUGCUUUAGCUAGAAAUCUUGACCCUAAAUUAUCGAUCUCCAUGAAUACUUUCAAAUCUUGAUGAUCACAAAUCGCUGACUUCAGGAAUCAAAACUUCGCAACAACUCACCCUUCCUUCGAACUCCGCGUUCCAAAAAACACCAACGGCUUUCUCUGUGUUUUCCAUUUUAAAAUUGAACAAUUAUCCAAUUAAAACUUGAGAAAAAGUAUCCACAAAAGAUGAAGUUUAUCCGCAAGCGAAAUUUGCGUGUAGCAAAUCAGUUGAGAAGUUCACAACGAAAUUUGUAACGGUUUUUCUCGCUUUUUAAGGUUUGAUUAAUUUGACGUAAAAACUGACGGAAUGUCUCCAAGGAUACCACGAACAUCAUGCAUUGCUCAUUUGCGACAGUUUGAAUGUUUAAAAAGAAAUGCAAAAUAUCUUGUUGAAUAAAAACAUCCCAAACUCCUAUCUUGAUAUAAAUAAAAAGUUAUCCUUGGAAUAUGUUAUCGGCAUGUUGUUUAAUGAAAGUGCAUUUAUGAAUUCAACGCAGGGGAACCUUUGAGAUUUGUAAACAAGCUACUGUAAAUUGUUCAAAAUCUUUAUGUAGACCCGGUAGCAAAGUUUGAUAAUUUUUAGUUAGAGGGUUAUUGUGGAGGAAGAUAACUGCAAUGUUUGAAUAAAUAAAUACUUUGAAUUGCUCAUUUGCGACAGUUUGAAUGUCUAAAAGGAAAUGGAGAAGAUCUUGUUGAAUAAAAAUAUCCUAGCUCCUAUCUUGAUAUAAAUAAAAAGUUAUCCUUGGAAUAUGUUAUCGGCAUGUUGUUUAAUGAAAGUGCAUUUAUGAAUUCAACGCAGGGGAACCUUUGAGAUUUGUAAACAAGCUACUGUAAAUUGUUCAAAAUCUUUAUGUAGACCCGGUAGCAAAGUUUGAUAAUUUUUAGUUAGAGGGUUAUUGUGGAGGAAAUAACUGCAAUGUUUGAAUAAAUAAAUACUUUGAAUUGCUCAUUUGCGACAGUUUGAAUGUCUAAAAAGAAAUGCAGAAGAUCUUGUUGAAUAAAAAUAUCCUAGCUCCUACACUACCAGGACAAAGUAUUGCAACACCUGCGAAGGCGAUUAAUGGCGGAUCACGCAAUAACUUUUGUUACAAAUAAAAUUGCAGAUCCAAUGAAGCGUUAAUUCGAAUAUUCCUUUUUCAUUUUUCAAAAUUUUAAAUCAGCAAUUCAAGUAACUUUCAAUUAAACAGACAUUUUGUGGAGGUGCUUCUGGCUCCUAUAAGUACGAAAAAUUGCUUUGGAAUUGAUGCACAAAAUUUGUUGAUGAAAUGCACUGGGAUUCUGUUUUAUUCUCAAUGAAGUUUCUAAGUCAGUUUUUGUUUGAACUUUAAAGAACCUUGUGGAUUUCAAAUCAGAUCAUUUUUGUUCGCAACAAGAAAUAUUCGCUUAUUUUAAGGCUAGGUCUUUGUGAUGGCCGAGGAAGGACAUAGAGUUUGCAGAUUUUCAGGUAAAUUUGAGUAAAAAUGGCCUUAUAACGGAGAUGUAUUGCUUUUUAUGAUAAAAACUGCCUUCCUCAUUUUCCUAGCAUUAAUUUGAUUCCACCAAAGAAACUGUUAUGCAUUAUUUUGACAUGUUUCACUGCAUUAACUCGCACGUCACUAGUUCAUGAUUUACCAAUUUAUAUAGGCCUAAAUGUACCAAAAAAAUUAUCCAAGUUUUAUUGGAGAAUUUCGAGGCUAAAAGAGUCAGAGCUAAUAACUUCAUUUGUUGUUUCCUAAACUUUCACUAUUUUGCUAUCAUUUUCUAUAAAAAGUUGCAAAAUCUUUAGAGUCGAGAGACCAGUUACACGAAGUUUUAUCACAACUACUCGCUCCUUAUCUUGUCAAUAUCUUGAAUUUACCACUGCAGAUAUUUUUUUUUAUAACUGUAAACUUUCUUACGUUAAUAUUGUAACUCUAAAUUUUUCGAAAUCCUCAAUAAAUUUCGAAGAAUUUGAUUCCUGGUUUAGAAUGAUUAUGCUUAUUUUUGAGGGGAAUAUUUCAGCGUAAAGUUAAAAGUUUACAAAACUUCAAAUUUUUUUGAUGCCAUUUUGAUUAGGGUGUUGCAAUACUUUUGUCCUGGUAGUGUACACUAGGGUAAGAGAUUUCCAGGCAUUGUAUAAAAUUCGACAAGAAUACAUUGCCCAAUGCAUUGUUUGAAGAUUUUGUGUGUUUGUUUAGUGGGACCUUUGCUGUUUCUUUCUUUAAAUAUUUUUGUAGUGACAUUUAUUUCUGUUCCUGGAGAAAAUGACGCAGGGCGAAGCAUCUUCCCUUGCUGGGUAUUUUCGUGUUCUUUCUCUUGUCUUAGGCAGCCUUUCCACUAGCCUGGGUUAAAACAUACCCGGGUUAAAAGUUAUCCGUUUUUAAAGUGAGUCAAUGGAAACGCCACUUUUCUUCGACCCGUUUUUAAUCUGUUUCUGAUCAUUCCAACUAAGCCGGGUUAAAAUGUAUUCAGGGUGAAAAGUUGUAGGAGAAAUCAGUAUUUGCAUCAAAAAUCCUUCAAUUUCUAUCAAAUCCUUCAAUUUUGCAUAAUUUACAAAAUGUUUCACGUUUUUUGCAGAUCUUUAUUUUGUCAUGCAUAAUUUCAAGGAUCUUUAUUUUGUCAUGCAUAAUUUCAAGGUCUCGUCGUAUACGUUCAAGAGACUCAAAGUUGUCGAAACUGCUAGUAAAGAUGAAUAGAAAUACAGUGUUUUGAUGUGUAUUCUCGGUAUAAGUAGCAGUUUUUGGCAUUGCAAUAAUAUGUUCAUAUUCUGCUGUUAUUCCCAGAUAUGAUGCUUUAAGCUUAUGAAAGGUACCUUUUGUAAGAGAGCAUACGUUUAAAUUCGUUAAGUCAAAAAUGUGUAGAUUAUUGUAGAAUUUUUGAGUUAUGAAUAUGUUCGUUAAUUAUGACGAACUAGGUCUUUUCGCCGUUCAAGCCAAAAAAACCUCUGGUGGGCUUGUUUUUGUUCCAACUCCUGUCCACAUUUAACUCCAAAAACCAAGCUGAAUUCAAAUAUUAUUACUAGUUGAUCGUUGGAAAUGAAAAUCUUAAUGUUCCUAUUACAAUAUUAGACCAAGAGUUUGGCAAUGUCGGUAUCAUUUCACUUGGCGGCUGAAUGCCGCCAUCGAUCGUUUCACAUCCUUAUUUGUUUACUUCUGGUUCUGUAUCAAGGUCUCUCAAUAAUCUUUUUUGUCGCUCAUUGCCAUUGAAUAUUAUCUCAGUUAUAUUUGCCGACACUUUCAGAUCAUUUCAGUUUUGGAUAUCUUCCUAAUCAGCUUCUACACCUUUUGUCCGUAUCCUUCCUUUAUGGUAUCUUUCAAAUUCUAUGAUUCACCACCUUCCAGCAUAAAUUUUUUGUUAUGUUUCAAAUGUGUCGCAUGGGUAGAUUUUUCUUACAUAAGACUCGUUAAAUCUUCAUUGAUAUUACUUAUCAAGACCAAAAAGGAUAGAACGUGAUUCAUAGUUGAGUGAAAACUCUUUGCAUUGGCCUAAUUUUUUUUUUAUUUUCUUCACGUACUGAGCGAAUUGUGACGUGAUUUUAUGCUCCUACUCUACCUUCAAAAUGCUACAUCCACCAUCUUUAUUCACUUCUCAAUAUCUCAGUUUAUACUUGAAUUCACUAAAGAACUAAAUCACCUAUAUUAAAUUAAAAAAAUUUCAAAUGUCAGACAUAACAGAAAAAUAAAAAAAAAGAGACUCAGUAUUGUUUUAAACAUAUUCCAUUUAUAAAACAUCUCUUCAUAAUACAUUAUGCUAUUUUACAUUAAAAAGGAAAGGAAUUACUUAUUUUCUGAUGAUUAUAAAGUAUGAUUCAGUUGGUAUAAUCUCGAUCAGAUUGAUAAAUUAAAACAUAUAAACUAUUACUUUAUUCAUCGAAUUGUUCUUACCGCAUUAAACAAACUUUUCAAGGUCGCGUGCUCAUCACAUAGAGUAAAAGAUGGGGGAAGGGACCUGACCCUGUUCGUUCUCUCUUUAGAGAUACUUUAGAUCAACGAAACAUUGGGCCAUAUAAAAAAAUUAUAUCCUCUAGUUCUGAAAUUUCUACUUGUCAAGCGCGCUUUCAUUUCAAACAGGUUUGAAACCUGUUUUCUUAUUCGACCUAAUCUCGUUUUUCUUAGGGGAAUUUUCUUUUCUUUUUGAUUCAAUCUGUCUCUAGCGAAAGCCCGUUUGCUUACAUUACAGUCAGUGGAGAGUCUCUUGUUUUCUCGAGUCUCCCAUUCUUCUGUAGCAUCUUGCUUCACCUUUUUCUUUGACUGCUCAUCCAAACCAUUAGAGGACCAAUCAUGCAAAGAAACCUCAUCUUGUCUCUUUCGUUUUCUCCCUUUGAUCCCACUCUCCAAAAAUUGGGCUUGAUCUCGUUGGUCAACAUGUUGAUCCACAGCCACAAUUCGUUCGAAUUGGAAGGGACCAAUCUUGAAAAUGCCUGCCCCAAACAUCAUGGCAACGUCGAACUCCUCCUUGCAACUAAGAUCGCAGACCUGAAAGAGUUGCUCGAGUUCUUUCAUUAUUUCCCUGAAAGAUUUUGAGCUUUCAACUGGAUCCAGUGUUGCAAAGUGGAGUAAAAGUUGUAUUUCGACGCUCAGGACUGUCGUAACCAUUGGAUUCUGUGGAUGAAGAAUUCGGAGACAUUUUCAGAAAUUAGAAUGAUUUCGAGAAAAUAGAAUCAUAAUUUCUGAUAUCAAGUUGUUACUUAUUAUCAAGUUAAAAAAAAGAACCAUGAUUUAUAAUGCCAAGUUAAUGGAUGUUAGUUUAUCUGCGUCAAACUUUACUGCUAAUAUCAAAAUUCGAUGUUAACAAACCUUUUCUAUGUCUUCGAUUGUGAAUAGAAGGUUAUCCAAAGAUUGGACAAUUUGUCGCACAAUCUGGCCAAUGUCUUCAAGCCUGGUGGAUGCGUUAUAGUCACCAACCUGAAGAAGUAAAUAAACAUGAACUAAUUUUUUUAAAAUUCACUCAUGAGCAAAUUGCUGGAGAUUUUAUUUCUAAAGUGAAGCAUUGACUCAAGUUGAAUUCUGUAGUCUUGUAGGGAUAUUGCACAAACAUCCGAUUAUUACACAUACACCUCGAGGAGAUGGUAACAGACGAGGAAUAUGGGCCUCUGACACCCCAUAGUUUAUCGAUGUUUCGUAUGUGCAGUCUCUAGUUGGUUGUUAACAGUUGGUCCGUCGUCUGACUGCAAACGUUUCAUGCUCCUUUUUUCUUUUCUAUUCUCAAAAAUCAAGGUACGCAACUGCUAGAGAGAGUUGAGUCCCAGAAAGCCUGGAAACCGUUUUGAUAGGUGCCACACAGUUAUUUCCUUCUUCUAAAGUCUAUUCAGAAUGCUACUUAAACCUUGACAUUACUAUCCGAUAUCCUGCAUGUCGUAAACAUGGUCAUAGAAUAUAUUUAUUCCAAGGCAGGUAUUUUUUCAAGGCAUGUUUUCCAAAUAAUAGUUCUUGGGUAUCCAGUUUAUCUCUUACCAAGGCAUUUGCAUUGACAAGGUCGUUGAUGCAGGCAGUGGCGUGAGUUUUUAACUGAAAAUAAACAUGGAACAUUAAUCGGAAUAAUGUAGCAAAAAUCAUUUGAAGUCUUUGGUUUGAAAUAAAGUUCCUUUCAAAAAUUACUAUGAGAAUUUCAAUGAACGUUAUGUUUUCAUCAAUAUCCUUUGAAAGUCUUUGGAACAUCUUUUCUCUACCUUCAAUAGCACUAUACUUUAUGAGAACGAUAUAAGAUAUUAGAUAUUUUCAGUACAACGAAUGAUAAGUUAUAAAGCUUUAGAGCCUUUGGAACAUCCGUUCUCCACUUAAUUCUUCAACUUUCUUUGCACAAUACUUUGUGAGAAAGAUAUUAGAUAUUUUCAGUACAACAAAUGAAAUGAUAUUCUAAGGCGGCAACUUACGUUUCUAAACGCCGACCGUCUGAACGAAGAGUCCGUCAAUUUCCGAAUGAUUGCUGUCUUUUCAUUGCCAAUGUCGGUUAGAUCUUUGGCAAUCUUUAGCAGAAUUUCUACGAAAAGGCAUUUUAUCUAAAACCUAGCAUAUUGGUUUUGUGAAUAUUGGUUUUAGAAUAGAAUAGGGAGGCAACUGUUGUGUUGUAUGGAUAUAUUCAUUGUAUGUGCUAUUUCUUUUAAAGUGUACUUAGCUAAAGAAUAUGAAGUGUUACUUUAAAGUAAGAUAAAGUCAUUAUUGUACAGUGUACUAAUAUUAAAAUCACCAAUGUUUGUAAAAUCAGUCCAAUAAAUUUUCGAGUUGAUAUCCGAAAGGGCGGUUAGUGGGAUGGUAUCUGAGUUCAAUUGUAAAUUUUAGGCCAACAUUUUAAAUUUCGAUCAUUGGGAAGAAUACAACAAGCAAAUAUGAUUUAAUGAAACAUUUCUUACCGGUAUUAUUUGCCAGACUUUUAAAAACUGUGAGCAAAUUUGCUCUUUGGAGCUCGACAUCUUGGAAAUUCUGAAAAAAGAAUCCAGUUGAUAAGAAUCUUGAUAACGAAUCUAAAGGAUGCUGUAAUUUUAUUGAAACUCACUCAAUAAGGUAAGGUCCUAAACCACUCACGCAUAAAUUUUUUGUUUAGGGAUAUGGUUAUAUGUUAGUUUGUGGAUAUAUUUAAAAAAUCUCCAUAAAAUAAACAAGAACAAGAAGAAAUCUUAAUAUUUAAAGCUGGUGUCACAAAUGAUUGGCUUCAACAGUUAAAUAGAUCAUUUUUGUUGGUGCUAUCUUUACAGCUGUGUUUUUUGGGACCGAUGCGGUGGCCUCGAAUAGAUUCAAUUCUAGCUCAAUAUGAGGCUAACCGUUAGAUACGUGUUACCAAGGUGCCACUGCUUGACGACAAAAUGGUAGCUAAAAUCCGAAACAUCGUUUUCGUGAAAGUUUUAUGAAACAAAUCUAAAACCUCUUUUUUUCGUUUUGGUCGGAGAACUGUUUUGGAAAAUAACAAAUUGCCCUUUUUAAUUCAUUUCUCUGCUUGAAUGUAUCCUCUGUAUUCUCUAAGGACGAGAUAGCAGUGGCAUGUUAUCGGAGUUUAAUGUACUCGUUAUCCUGAAGAAACACUCAAAAUUUUUAUAGCAGAUCGAAUCAAGCAAAUAAAAAUGUUAAAAUAUCAUUAAUGGCUCAACAAUUGCACUUGAAAAUUAAUAUUAAGCUCUCUUUAUUUUCUUCCUUUGAAAAUAUCCUCUUCUUAUAAGUUAUUCAGUUUUUUAGUAAAACUUUAUUUCUGAGUCGUAAGGGACGUAAAUACAGGUUGUUAACAAACUUUGUCUGUUGAAUCUUGUUUAGUGUCGUCUUAGAACAUUUCUCAUUUUCACAACCGUUCUUAUCGUUUAUCUUUCACUCAAAUGUUUAUAAUCGAAAAAUACUCAGUUAACCCUGUUGAUUUCUGUAGUGGAGUACCCUUGCCAAUGCUUUAUAAUCUGCUGACAUUAUGACCGAAAACAUUUUGUUUUUAUUCAUUUGCAGUUUAAUUUUUCCUUUUUGUGACUCAAUUAGCAGAAAUUUCCCUUAUUUGCAUUGACAGAAUUAUCCCCUUACAAGAAUAUGGCUAUGAAAUGACAGAUUAGAUCGUUUUAGACAAAUCACUUUCUUUGUCGUCGACCGUUUGAUUGCCAUAUUAACUCUUAAAAACAUUAAAAAUGUGUAGAAAAUUUACAUCAUACCUAUUUUCCUACAAGUUUUACGAAAUAAAAUAUUAUCAGAUAAUAAAAUUAUUUUUGAAGUGACGACUUUUCACUUUUCUUGUUCUAGUGUUUUCCAGGACUGAAGAUGUGUACAUUUUGAGCUUUUUAGACAUGAUAUAUUCAAAAAAUGGCUUAUUAUACUAAACAACCCCAAAGAUGGAUUCUUUAAGUGUAACAAUCUGCUUUAGCUAGAAAUCUUGACCCUAAAUUAUCGAUCUCCAUGAAUAUUUUCAAAUCUUGAUGAUCAUAAAUCGCUGAAUUCAGGAAACAAAACUUCGCAACAACUCACCCUUCCUUCGAACUCCGCGUUCCAAAAAACACCAACGGCUUUCUCUGUGUUUUCCAUUUUAAAAUUGAACAAUUAUCCAAUUAAAAUUUGAGAAAAAGUAUCCGCAAAAGAUGAAGUUUAUCCGCAAGCGAAAUUUGCGUGUAGCAAAUCAGUUGAGAAGUUCGCAACAAAUUUUGUAACGGUUUUUCUCGCUUUUUAAGGUUUGAUUAAUUUGACGUAAAAGCUGACGCAAUGUCUCCAAGGAUACCACGAACAUCAUGCAUUGCUCAUUUGCGACAGUUUGAAUGUUUAAAAAGAAAUGCAAAAUAUCUUGUUGAAUAAAAAUAUCCCAAACUCCUAUCUUGAUAUAAAUAAAAAGUUAUCCUUGGA